GAGACUGAUAGAGUAAAACAGCUUGGUCUUACUGCCCCCUGAAAAUCUUAUUUUCUUGAAUCGGCUUGUUUGUGGCUCCAGGACUCUGCAUGGUGCUAUCUACUUUAUUCAAAACACCUGAAAGUUGAAAGGAAAAAGUAAGUAAAAACAAAUGUGUUACAGGACUGGGAAUCUUAACCUUUGUACCAGGCUUUUGAAAAGUGUAAACUCUGCACUGUUGUAAUCAACUAGUUUGAUACCAUGUUUUCAAGGCUACCGUUUUGCAUGAUCAGAGAAUGUUUAAUAAAUGCUGCUUUCUUGAACAUGUUUGCCUUUUUAAAAUCAAAUCUUUGGAAAACACUAUACUGAUUUAAAUGAUCCAUAUAUUUGUGAUCAACCCUGUUUGCCUGCCUGCUUUCUUGUCAAACACAACUCUGUAUAUAACAAAUGUAUAACAUACACUGAAUGUCCCAAUGCAAUAUUGGAUAGACCCGGGCUAUCAUCUCUCCAUGACACUUUUUCUUAAUCUGAAUGCCUUGACUGAACCACACGUAUACAUUGGACUCCGAGUUAUCAUGGCUGAACUUCCCGGCUUUAUAAGCCCUGACCUUAUCUUGAAAUUUCCUCAAUGUCUGUAAUAUUAUUUUGCCAAACACUAUCAUCUACCUGUCCCUUUAAACUCUUCUCCAAUUCGCAAUCUCUACUUCCAGUCUCCGUUCCUCUUGGGUGGCCUUGUCUAUAACUAAGAGCAUUAAAUCGCUGGAGCAUUUAUUUAGAAUGCCUACUGAUUUCUGUUUAAACUUCUCUGAGUCUAAGAAUAAAGUGGGAGCCUUUUGGUAUGCAUUGAUUUUUGUAGUAUUCUGAUAAAGACACAGCAUGAUGGUGCAUUUUAAGCUUGCGUUUUUAAAUAACCAUGUAUGCUGCACAGCACUCCUUGAAGGAAAGGUGGGCUGAAAAAUAACUUAAUACACAUUCUUGCCAUUUUGGUGCCUUGCUGUUACAAACAUAUGGGAUUUUCAUUGAAAGCUUGUGUAACAGUCAUGCACAAGUUCUAAAGGAUAAUAUAUUCAUAUGCAUCACAUUGGUUUUGGGGAGCGGGUGGCACUGUGGUCUAAACCACCAAGCAUCUUGGGCUUGCUGAUUGGAAGGUUGGCGGUUUGAAUCCCCGCAACGGGGUGAGCUCCCAUUGCUCUGUCCCUGCUCCUGCCCACCUAGCAGUUCAAAAGCACACCAGUGCAAGUAGAUAAAUAGGUACUGCUGUGGCAGGAAGGUAAACGGCGUUUCUGUGCGCUCUGGCUUCCAUCACGGUGUCUCAUUGCGCCAAAAGCGGCUUUGUCAUGCUGGCCACACUGGCGGAGGAAGAGGGGGGCAGGAGGAGCGCUCCACCCCCGGCAGCACGAUCCCAGUGGGGUUCCAUUGUGGCUGUCCCCCUGCCUGGGCUGGAUGCCCCACCCCUGCAGGUGGCAUGCCCCACCCCAGGAUGCACGCCCCGCCCCUUUGGGCGGCACCCCCGCCUCCGGGCCGUGCGCCAGGCCUGCUACCGCCUGUUCUCCCCCCCCCGGUGCCAGAGCAUGAAGCUCCACCACUGGCUGGCCACAUGACCCGGAAAGCUGCCUGCGGACAAACGCUGUCUCCCUCGGCCUGAAAGCGAGAUGAGUGCCGCACCCCAUAGUCACCUUUGACUGGACUUAACUAUCCAGGGGUCCUUUAUCUUUACCUUUUACCUGCAUCACAUUGGUAGUCAAAUUAAUGAAAUGGUACCUGCUUUUUAAAAAAUUGUUUCAAGAAUAAAUCACAUGUUCUUUGAUUAAUAACAACUGUCUCUACCUCUUGUAAAUUUCUUCCAGUUCCUCUGUUUGUGCAGGGGUAUGAUAACACAGAGAAGCAAACAUGGCAGUGUUAUAAAUAAAGAUGGUCUGCUUUAUUCACCCAGAGAAUAGGAAAAAAGAAACAAAGGCCUGGCAUUUCUUAUAGCCCAAGCUAUCACAAAAUCACACAAGUCGGCUUCUAAGUAACUGAGAUUUCAGGAAGAAGCAUAUUGGCAUAUUCUUGUGCAACAAACAUACAGAUUUCUGUUGACCAAAUAAUCUUUAAAUUAAACCGUAGCUCAAAAGACACAUUUCUGUCAGUCUUACUGGUAGUUAACAUCUAAGCUUGGUGGCAUUACAAUGUCUGCUACAUUUACCUUUCUUUAUCAACCAACUGGUUCAAUCAAUAAAAUGUUUAUUUAAUAGCUGAAUGAUUAUAGUAAAGUACACAUCACAGCCACCAAUUAUUUAUGAUUACAGGUAGCAAGCCAGGAGGUCUGAAAGAUACUAGAACAUUCAGAUAUGUUGUUACCUGUUGAGCAAUAGAUUUCUUAGACCUCUCAAGAAAGUUAUUUAGAACUAUCUCUUAAGGAUCAACUAGGAAAUUGCCUUAUAUAAAUUUUGUGUUCUCUGACCCCUUGAUAAAAUCUGGACUGUUACAAGCUCUUUAGUGGUUGCAAGGACACUGCCUAUCAUUAAAGGAAACGUUGGCAAAUCUGCCAUAUAUAGUCCUAGAGGCCCAAACCUUUAAAUAUGCUAACGAAGCUGCUCUUCCAUAAUGCCAUAGAAUUCAGAUAUGGGCUCCACUUAUUAGAGGCUGUGCAUAUGGCCUAUAAGCAUUGUGCAUAUGGCCUAUAAGUUGACUCAUGUCACUCUUGAGCAUCCUUACACAGGCUUCCCCCCACAUUCAUGGGGGUUACCCUGCAUGCGUAAGUGAAAUCGUGUAGAGAGAGGACACCCCUCUUUAAAAAGGAGGGUGCGCAAGAGGACACAGAGAGAGAGACUCACCCUGGAAAUCACUCAGGGCCGCUGACCUGCCUGUUCUGAGCCUGCCUGCCUCCAGGGAGCCGGUGUGUGCUGUGCAGCAGAGCAGCAGAGACGGGGAGAUGAAGCCUCCUGCCCUGCGCCACCGGCUGAUCAAAGGACGCCUUCCCUCGCUCAGAGUGAAGGAAGGCCACUCUAUUUAUUUAUUCAUUUCAUGGCAACCAGUGAGAGAGUGGGGUGUGUGUGUGUGUGUGUGUGUGUGUGUGUGUGUCUGCAUGUGUGUGUGCCUGAAUUUCAUUCUCUGUUUAACCCAAGAUUACCUUGCACUAUGGAAGGAUUAAUUCUUUGCAGGAGUGGAACAGACAUUAUGUAGCAAAUGUGAAAGUGCCCGUCCUGCAGAUUGAAGUGGUGGUGUGGGCAUUUAGGGAUAAGGCAACCCUUCAGUUAGACUGGCCCAAAGUUUUGAAGAGCUUUAUAUAGUAAUAGCAACACCUUGAAAUUGGCCCGGUAACCAGUUGCAGUCAUUGCAGAUCUCUGAACAAUGGUGUAAUAUGCUGACAGGAUAUCGCUCCUCUCAGCUGUUACGCUGCAGUGUGUUGCUGUUCUGCUACCAAGUGCAAGGGAAUUGCCACACGGAGUGUAUUCAAGUCUUGAAGUUACCAGUGACUAGAUUACUGUGAUCGAAUUAUCCUGGUCUAGGAAUGGGUGUUGCUGUCCUACCAGCCAAAGCUGAUAAAAGGUACUCCUAGCUGCCGAGGCUACUUGGACAUCAAGGGAGCAAGUUGGAUCCAGAUGCACCCACAGAAGCUCCUUCAGGGAGAGUGCAGCCUCCAUCUAGGGCAGGCAACUGGCCAAUUUCUCAGACACAGGAACCACUCACCCAAAGUGCCUCCAUCUUGCCAGGAUUCAGACUCAGUUUAUUGGUUCUCAUCAAAACGAGCUCAAUUUAGGAUUUAGGGCAGACAAAAGAAAAUGCUUCUUCAUGCAGCGCAUAGUCAAACAGUGGAACUUGCAGUGAUGACCACCAACUUGGAUGGCCUCAAAAGAGGAUUAGACAAAUUCAUGGAGGAGGAGAGGCCUCUCGAUGGCUACUAGCCAGAAUGACUAUGCUCUGCCUCUGCAGUUGGAGGCGGCAAUGAAGACGAGUCCCUGGAAAUCUUGAGAGGGGGAGAGUUGCUCUUGUGCUCAUGUUCUGCUCCCCAGGUUCACCAGGUACCUGGUUGGGAGACCAGGAUACUGGACCAGAUGGGAUAUUAUGUUCUUGUGAUGCAGGAUCUGGGAUGUGUCCAGAAUUGGUGCACAGCUCUUGAAAGUACAUCACACAUCUGGGAUAUUUUCUCUCUCUUUGGCUGUUAUUUGAAAUGUUUCUUCCAAAAUUCAGUUUCUGCUCUGUUGUACGCUUCAUUCUUGAUUUGUUUUUGCUUCCUUCCUAUUCUGCACUCGCGUCUCUUCUCCAGGCAUGAUCCAGUAUGGUUUCAGUAUUCUUUCAUUCCUCUAGGAAAUGUAUAUUUAAUGUUGGUAUCCAUCUACUAUCCCUUCUUCAACUCUAACAGCUAAGGCAAAAAAACCAAACAAUUUUUUUUAAUAAUUUAGCAAUGUUUCCCGUAACAUGCUUGUUGGAAAUUACAUGUACUCAGCUGGGAUUUUCAGCAUGAUUUUUACUUGUCAAGAUUCCUUUUAUAAUCCUGUUUUUCCCCUGAUGUGUUUUUUGCCUGAAUCUUAAGUGGCUAGCAGUCUGCUCUGUGUUUCAAAAUAUAACCACAGUACCACAACUUUUUUUAAAAAUAGGGUGAAUUUGCCUCACUUCUGGGGAGGCAAAUCAGUGGGAGAACUAAAGAUUUGGUUUUCUGAAUUUUGUUUUUGAUCCCAGGUCUGAAUAGGGUUAGAUCAGGCCCAAAAUGAUCUGAAUUGAGUUGGUGCCUGUUGUGCCAGCACCCCCUGUUGUGCCAGCACCUGCCCCACCCUGAGGUCCUUUGGCUCUCCCCUGCCCCACCUUCCCACUCUGAGCAACUUGUACAGCUCUGAGCUAGGUUUUGGAUGGGCAUGUCAAUAAUUCCCCUGUAUUCCUUCCACCGCCACAGAUAACAUUUAUCUGAAUAUCCCACCCCAGCAUAACCAAAUAUGAGGCAUGCAGUAUAAUGCAAUUAAUUUAGCAAACAGAAAUAAUAAGCAAAGGUUUUGUGUGUGUGGUUUCAGCUUUUCUUUAUCUUAUUUGUUACUUUAUCGGAUACACAAAAACGGCUACUAUAAUAGUGAUCCUGUACAAAAUUAUGGGCUCUGCCAAAUCACGUCCACCACCAUCUCUCACCCCCCGACUCCACUCUCAUGUGUCUCACCCCAACAUUCAGACUCCCUUUCAAGUUCUCCUUCAUUCACCACUCAUUCAUUUGCCCACGUUCUAAGCUCAUUCCUCCCUCACAUUUACCUCAGUUCUUCUCAUACACUUCCCUGCGCAUUCACCUUAAUUGCACUGCUAUUUUAUGCCCACACCAGAGCCUCCCACUCUGAAUCCCCCAGUCGCAAUCACUGAAUCGGAGUUACUGUUUCAUUGUGUUUUUUAAUGUUAUUGCUAUUUUAUGUUUUUAUACUCUAAACCAUCCUGUGAUCUUCGGAAGAAGGGCAGUAAAAUGAAUGAAUGAAUGAAUGGGGCUUACAUAUUUCUAGCUUCGAUCUAUCCAGGUCUUGGUUAGUGGGGAAGCAAAGUGCCCCCUGCCUCAAGCGCCUCCCCUUUGCGGGACUCUGCGCUCUCUGCAGCCUGAAGGCCACCUGCCCAGAGGCAGCACAAUAUUAAGAGCUGUCUGCCUUAAAGAAAAGAGAAAAGGCAAGAUCCAUGGCAAGUAGGGACUAUGUCAAAUGGUUCCCUGUAUCUAUGGCCUGCCCUUGAGGUUUUGCUACUCCUUUUGCUGCCACAUUACACUUUCAAAUUUAUUUGUAGUUUAUUCACUCUGAAAAGUCUAUGAUCCUUUGAUCUUUGCAACUGUUGAGUACGUUAAAUCUGAAUUUUCUUUUUGGUCUUUUUACCACAUGAAAAAGGAUUUCUGCCUUUAUUAUACAUACAUGAGCUUAGCUCAGGGGACCCAAUUUCCUCUUUUGUUUUCUCACUUAACAGGUAAUCUAAAAUUAGAUCAACUGGGAUCACAUCAAAAGAGGGAUGACUUUGUUGAAAGUAAAUGUAAUUCUGUCACCAAUUCCAAAUUAAAAUUGUGUGUGUGUGUGCACGUGUGCGUGCGUUUUCAUUACAGAAAAAGAAGAAUUACCGUAAUAAGGGAAAGCCACUUAUCCAGACUAAGUUAACAAUGAUUAAUCUGAACAUCACCACUCACAAACUGAUUAUGGAACUGGAAGCCCACAGUUCAAGAUGGCAUCCAAAAUGAUGCCCCAAACUUAUGCUUCCAUUGCCAUAUAGGAGCUUGAGAGAAACAGUAAAUGACUGAACUGAGAUACCUACAAAAUCAUUAGAAUACAUAUACAAUUAUACCAAAGCAUAAAGUAAAGGUAAAGGUACCCCUGACCGUUAGGUCCAGUCGCGGACGACUCUGGGGUUGCGGUGCUCAUCUCACUCUAUAGGCUGAGGGAGCCAGCGUUUGUCCGCAGACAGUUUUUCCGGGUCAUGUGGCCAGCAUGACUAAGCCGCUUCUGGCAAACCAGAGCAGGGCACAGAAACACCAUUUACCUUCCCGCUGGAGCUGGACCUAUUGAUCUACGUGCACUUUGAUGUGCUUUCGAACUGCUAGGUUGGCAGGAGCAGGGACCGAGCAACGGGAGCUCACAUCAUUGCAGGGAUUCGAACCGCUGACCUUCUGAUCAGCAAGCCCUAGGCUCAGUGGUUUAGACCAAACCAUAGUGCAAUAUAAAUUACAUAAUCUAUGCAGCAACCUUUAUAGUCUUGUUAAAACAUAUAAUGCUUUUAAAUUAUAUUGUUCUGUAAAAUACUUCAUAGACUCACUUGGCAUUCCAAAAAACAUAGAACACAAAACAAAAUAUCACAGCUAGAAGCCUAGAGCUGACAAUAUUUUCUAAUGUUUUAUAAUUAUGGGUGUCACUGUAGCCUGCAGUUUGAGCCCCUCCCAAAAAAAGUUUCCAAGUUUUAUUUAGUUUUAAAAAAUAGAAUGUAAUUUUUAAAAGCUAACUGCUCCUACGGGUCCCUGCUACAAUGCUGUGAUGCCGAAAUGUUUUUCUGUGGUCCUCUAAGACUCCACAUUUAUCCUUUGAAAAAGAGAGGCCAUGCUCACUGUUGCACUUCAACAAGCAGCCCUUGGAGGGUUGACCAUGGGUAAAUGAGACCCCCUCAGACCCCCCAAAAAGAAAAGGGGAAAAACUACUGACUUGAUCUUGAUGUUGAUACCAGGAAAGGUCCUCAAACAGAUAAUUAAACAGCUGGUCUUUGAACACUUAGAAAAGGAGGCUGAUUACUAAGACCCAGCUUAGAUAGAUAUAUAGAUAGAUAUAGAUAUACCCGGUAGAAAGUUACAAGCUUGGUGGAUCAGGGGAAUGCUGUGGACAUUGUGUAUCUUGAUUUCAGUAAGGCUUUUGAAAGCAAAUCAAAUAUCUUUAAUACGGUCAAUGACCAGGAAGCAAUUUAUAAAAUAUGACAUUAAAAGUAGUAUUGUGCUACAAGUAACAGUAAAAACAUGGCCAAUUCACAGAAUUGGUGCUUAUAUUUAUGACCAGGUUUCGAGUUUUAAGUUUUUAAAAUUCAAUUCAGGAGUCGCUACUGUUUAUUAUCGUUCCUUCGAUGUUUACAGUUUGUACUCCUUUGUAGACAUCAUUGCUCGUCUUAUUCUUGUUGCAAUGUAACAGUACUUUGCCACGGACCUGUUAAUUUCGGGCUCUUUGUCAGCUAAGAGGUGUCUGAUAUAGGUGUCGUCUGUACUACGAGGUAUUUUCCUCAGAAUCGGUUCGAUCAGCUCUUUUCUUGAGUCUCGAUAUAAUGGGCAGUAUAAGAUGACAUGCCCAAUGGUUUCGAUUUCAUUGCUGUUACAGGGACAUAAUCUUUGUUCGAUCGGUAUUUUAUUGUAUCUUCCCUCUAGAAGAGCUGAAGGGAGAGCGUUAAAGCGGGCCCUGGAAAAUGCCCAUCGGUGUUUAGCGUUGUCUAGAACUUUGAGAUAGUUUGCUAGAUGGGGCCUUUGGGAAUUGUAUAGAAGUUUAUAAGUUAUCGGAAGUUGGUUAAAGUCAUUUUGGGUUUCAAUGUCCCUGAGUCUUUCUUUGAUUAUGUUCUUGGCCCUUCCCCUUUCUAAACUUAAUAAAUACUCUGUGGAGAGACCAUAUGUGGCCAAUUUUCUGAGGAUGCCCUUCAACCAGCUAGAUUGGAAUUUGUCAAGAAGCAUCAGGGAAAGUAAUCCAACCGGCGAGUUGUUAAGUCUUAGCCAAGUGCAUAAGGUUCUUAUCCAUACUUUGGCUUUAAUGCUGUGUAAGCCCGCUUCCAGUCGUAAGGCGGCGUUUGGGACGCAUUUAGGUGUUUGCAGGAGUGAUCUAAGGAAGCCUGAUUGUAUCUUCUCAUAUGGGUCUAGAUUAGAGAGGGAGACGAGUGGUGCGCCGUAUAGGAUUUGUGCUGUUGGUUUUGCAACGAAUAGUUUAAUUGUAGCAGGAAUGAAAUUUCCUCCCGUUGUACGAUGGAAUCUUAGGAUUGCUGUUGUACUUUUUUGUGCUGUAAAGGAGCUGUAAUUUAUGUGGGCAGUCUUCUUCCUUGAUGCUUGGAAUAUCACUCCUAGAUAUUUAAAGCAUGUCACUUGUUCAGUCUCCUGAUUGUCUAAAUUCCAUCUGUAUAUUUUCCUUUUGUUAGAGAAAACCAUGAUUUUUGUUUUUUUGGUAGUUCACUGCUAGUUUCUCUUCUCUACAAUAUUGGGAUAAGCUGUUAAGAGCUCUUUUGAGGCCCAUCUGAGUCUGGGACAAUAUAACCGCAUCGUCUGCAUAGAGUAGGAUAGGCAGUUUUUGUCUGCUAAUUUUGGGGCGUGUGUAUCCGCUCCUUGUAGGUGAUCUAUUAGGGAGUUUAUAUAGAUGUUGAACAAAAAGGGGGCCAAAAUGCAUCCUUGUUUAACUCCCUUUGUUGUUCUAAUGAAAUUAGAGAGUUGACCUUCUUGGCUGCAUCUUAUACGAAGUCGUGUGUUGUUGUACAGUUUGUAUAUUAGUAUCAGCAGACGUCGGUCUAUGGAUGAUUUGUUGAGUUUGUCUCAGAGUCGAGUUCUUGGGAUGGAGUCAAAGGCUGCUUUAAAAUCUACAAAUGCUGCGAAUAGGUGGUGAUUGUGAUGUGACGUGUAUUUCUCAGCUAGGUGCUGUAAGAUCAGGCAGUGAUCCAUUGUGGAUCUCCCUUGUCUAAAUCCUGCCUGUGCAUCAUCAAGAAUCUUCGCUUUUUCUAUCCAUUCGCACAGUUUCUCGCUAAGGUGUUUAGCGUAUAAUUUACUUAUUAUAUUCAGGAGGCUUAUAGGUCUAUAGUUGGAGGGAUCAUCCCUCGAGCCUUUUUUGUAAAUGGGAAUAAUGAUGGAAGUCCCCCAGUCGUAUGGGAUCUGUGCAGUUCUAUCUAUAUAUGUGAACAGAGAGGCAAGCAAGGGGGGCCCACCAGUUCGCAUUGGUUUUAAAUAGUUCCGCUGGUAUACAGUCAAUUCCGGGGGCUUUCCCAUUCUUUAGUUGGUCAAUCAGCAGAUGGGUCUCUGUUAAUGAGACUGCUGGCCAUGGCUGUAUCUGAUCAUCCGGUAUGUCUAAUGCAUAGGACUCAUCGCUAGAUUCCUCGUAAAGAUUAUGGAAGUGCAUUUCCCAGGCUUUCAUUGAUAUGCAGCAGGAUAGUUGUGAUAGGCCCCUAUCCGGCUGUACAGCUACGAUUCUCCAGAAUAAUGAUGGGUUACUUGAUUUGGAGGCCUCUAUCAGUUGCUGCCAUAAUAGCUUCAUUGCGUAUCUUUUCUUUUGUGUCAGAAGUUUUUGGCUUCAAGCAUCUUUUGUCUGUUGUCCUCUGUUGGAUUAUCCUUAUGGCAGAUGAAGGAGUGGAUCAAUGAUUUCUUGGAGGUUAUACACUCGUGAUCGAACCACUCCCUGGAAGUUUUCCGACGGUGGGGAGACUUGGAAUUCGGUUUUACAACAAACUCUUGAAUUUUUUGUAUAAGCAUUUCAUAUGUUGUCAUCAUGUUCGGGGCGCUCUCCUCUAUUUCUAAGCACCCUUCCAUAAUUGCUUUUGAGAGACGGUAGCUCUCCUCAGUUUUAUACCAGUUAGAUAUCCGCUCACUCACUUGUCCGUUCCAUCUGAUUUUCUUGAGGCCUGUUCCGGGUGUUAGAUCUGGUUGAUAUCUGCGUUGUGGUUUGGGCAGAUCAAAGGGUAAAUUACACACGAGGGAUAAAGGUAGAUGAUCACUUUCAGCUCUUGCUGUAAUGGUGAAUUUUGAUAUCCUAGGGAUCAGGUCCUGGGAGACAAUGCAAUAGUCUAUCGUUGACAGUUUGUGUCCUGACCAAUAUGUGUAUUGACCAGGAUAAUCUCCUUGUAUAGCCCCAUUCAGUAAGUGUAGAUUCUGUCUGUAGGCCAUGUGUGCUAAAUGUAGCCCUCCAAUGUUGCAUGUCUUAUCGUAGGAUGAUCUUCUCAUUAGGGGUGGGAUAGUUUCCAUUUCUGGAGGCCAUUGGUGAAAAUAUGCAUAUAGGGCGUUGUCGUUAGGGCCCACUCUUGCGUUUAGGUCACCAGCUAGUAAUAUCAUGGCUGACGGGUGUUGUCUCCUCCAUUGCACCACGUGGGCUUCCACUUCUUUCCAUAGUUGGGCUUUUGAAAGCGUUUCCCAUGAUAUUCUUGCAGAGAAGCUGGUAAAAUGUGGGCUGGGUGAGGUAACUGUUAUGUGGAUUUGUAGCUAAUUGACUGACUGAACCCAAAGAGUGCUCAACUAAUGGUUCCUCCUUAUCCUGGGGGAAAAGUGACAAGUGGGGUGCCGCAGGGUUGUGUCCUGGGGUCAUUGUUGGUCAAUGUCUUUAUAAACAACUUGGAUGAAGGAAUUGAAGGGGUGCUCAUCGAAUUUGCAUAUGACACCAAACUGGGAGGGGGAGCUGAUGCCACAGGAGACAGACUUGGGAUUCAAGAUGACCUUAAUAGAUUGAAUUUCAGUAGGGCCAAAUGUCAGGUUCUACACUUAGGCAGGAAGAACCAGCUGCACAAAUAUAAUAUGGGAGACACCUGGCUUGCCAGUAGUCCAUGUGAAAUGGAUCUAGGAGUAUUAGUAGACCACAAGCUGAACAUGCGUCCACAGUGUGAUGUAGCAGCAAAUCUUUUUUUAUUUUAAAUAUGCUAUUCUAGGCUGCAUCAACAGAAAUAUAGUGUUCAGGUCAAGGGAAAUAACAGUAGUACAGUGGUACCUCGGGCUAAGUACUUAAUUUGUUCUGGAGGUCUGUUCUUAACCUGAAACUGUUCUUAACCUGAAGCACCACUUUAGCUAAUGGGGCCUCCCGCUCCCGCCGCACCGCCGGAGCAUGUUUUCUGUUCUCAUCCUGAAGCAAAGUUCUUAACCCGAGGUACUAUUUCUGGGUUAGCAGAGUCUGUAACCUGAAGUGUUUGUAACCUGAAGCGUAUGUAACCCAAGGUACCACUGUACUCUAUUCUGCCUUGGUCAGACCACACAUGGAGUCUUGUGUCUACUUCUGGGCACCACAAUUUAAGAAGGAUGUUGAUUGCAGCUCUCUGUGAAAAUCAACUCCACCCUUAAAAGCUGGUCCAUUUUGUUGCUCUCUCCCAACUUGUUGAGACAAGAUAUCUGCUAUUUUCUCUCACACAUCUCCGCUCAUCCUGUAAAUAGUUCCUGCAUGAAUAAAGCCUUUGAACUCCAGAGACUUCAGAAAUUGUAAGUGAUUAUUCUAAUCUAAUUCACCCAAGCUGCAAGAUCUGCUAGCACAUACACACCGUACAAUUUAUGCACAUGUCUGCACAUCCAAGAAUCCUGGCAGCCCACCACUCUGUCCACUACACCAUGCUGCCUCUCCAUAGUUUUCUUAAUCUCCACCUGACAAUUUUCGCAGCACUAGCUAUCUUGCAGGUCAAAGUACUUGAUAAGCAUCCUUAAGUAAACCUUGAAGUGAUUAUUUCAGGCAUAAUCCAGCCAAGCCGACCCCCUCCUCUGUGCCAGUGAUAAAGCAAGUUAACUGAAAUUUGUAACCCUAUAAAUAAUAGAGAAAACAUGUCCACAAUGUAUUUCCACAAUGCUUUUUUGAGUUGAGGGUUGUAUGACCGUUGUUGGCUGGUUGCUUUCAGUUCUUCCACACACAUGUAUUAAAAGCAUCUCUCCUGAAGCUCACUGCAUGCACUAAUCCUGUGUACACAGGGUGGCCUUUCACUGAUGUGUACCCAACAAAGCUCAGAGAGGCAUAUUCCAGACGUACUGUAACAAAACUCUGUCAGUGCCAAAUGUUUACUUCAGUAAUUGUGGCACGGAUGUGUAAAUAAAAAUUGCUGUAGUGGCUUCAAUAGUAAUGAAAUCUUCUUGAUAUAUUUAGGGUGAAUACUGUACUGCAUUUAGCAGUGUUUUCUAAAGAUAUUUAAAGUAGCGUUUGUGAAUGAAUGGAUGCAGAGAGGGAGGGGUGUGUGACAUGCAGAAAGUUAAAAUGCAAAGCACUAUCUUCUGAUUGGCUCAUGGAAAGUGGAUACUGUAGAUAUAAACUAGCAACUGCAUCCUCUGGUCUUUAUAACUGUCACAAAGAAAGCAGACGGGUAAAAGAGAGAGAGAGAGAGAGAGAGAGGACAAAAUCUCACCAACAGUAAGUAAAAGUCCUAACUUUCUAAGCUUAAAUAGUAUAGAAAUGGCACCUUAAUGCACCAUUUAAUUGUACACUAUCCCAGGACUUUACUGAAAUAGUCAGUAGAGAGAGUAAAUGGCACACAUGCAUGUGUGUGCAGAUACACAUAUCAAUUAAAAUUUUUUAUUAACAUGUCAAAAUUGUCAUGCUGUUUUUUUAUACACCUGGCAUGCGCAUGUCUCUUUGAGGUUGCAUAAUAUGACAAAAUAGACUUGAAAGGUGCUGAUCCUAUGUGCAUUACAUGAAACUGCUAUUGCAAACACAUGUGUCUUCAGCAUAAUAUUUGGGCUCAAAAUAUAAAUACUGUUCAUGUAACUCAGUCUCUAUAUUAAAGCAAAAAUCCUGGUUAGCUGCACUGACAGUCAAUGAGGUGGCUAAAACAGGCACUUAAUUCUUAGAAAUAAGCAACAGAUCUUAAAGGAUCCGUUCUAUAGGAACUGAAGCAGAACCCAUCCUUAUUUAUAUGAAAAUGACAAAUACAAAGUUUCAGCAAACUUACUUAAGAGGGUUUACUAUAUAUACAGUCUAUAAAUGUCUAUAAGCCAGAAGAGGGGUGGAGGGAAGUUAAUUCUGAUAUAGAUUUUAAGGAGAAUACUAUUGUUAAGCUGUAUUGUGUUUAAGAUAUUUGAAAAAAAAUAAUAAAAAUUAUGGGGGGAGGGGAGUUUCAGCAAACUUUAUUAGUAUUUUUGUUAGUAUUAAUGUAGGGCAUAAACCCGCCAGCUAUUUUAAAUGAUUUUGUUAAAUUGUAUUAUAUCAUUAAAAACAAACAAAAUAAUUAUGUAGUAUAGUUAUUGAUUUCAAAGGGGGAAAAAAUGCAUAAAGUUGUAUUUGAUCUUGAAAUUUACUCUUUCGGUGCAUAGUAAAUGAAAUUAAUUCCCCAGCAAAUCUGUCCCCGUGUGUCUGUUCUUUGGCUCUCUUCUGUUACAGUAGCUCAGUCAGUUACAGCCCAGACUGGGUUUUUUUUAACCAUUUGUUUAAAUGUGAUUAUGUCUGAGUUAUUUCCAGUAAAAAGCCGCUCAUAUUUUUGCAGUUGUUAGUAAGCAAACUACUAAUUCAGGAUUUACACAUGCCAUAGAAUCUGUUAAAUAUUCCAGUAACACUAUAUUUCAGGAGCACCUGCCUUAUCUUUCAAUAUUUCCAAAAUUUGCUUCCAAAGAAUGUCAAUUAAAGUACAUGAGAUGUCCAGACAGUAGAUGAGAUCACCAAGAAUUAUCAUGCUGCAGAAAAAUAGGCAUGCUUUAAUUUUAGGAGAAUCAAGUACCAAUGCAGCUAUCUUUUGUAAGUUUUCUUUCAUAUUAAUGUGAAUCGGGUUUCCAGUCACAUUUCACCAUUUCGAUACUCUAAAUGAAGAUAUUUACUCCAUUUCAGUUUCUCUCUUUGUAUUGAUUAAACACAUCUAAAGCAAAAGUAGAUACGUUUUUUCCCAUUAGACCUUUCAGUGUAAUUUGUGUUAGCCAUGUUGUUUUCAAGAUGAUUUUUAACUUUCAUAUAUACAUUCAAUGCAAUCUUGAAUUGCAUUGAAUACUUGGCUAGUUAGUCUUGUUCUUAACUUUCUAAAGGAUGAGACUGAAAUGACUAUUCAGUACCUUGUACACUUCUAGCAUUUUAAUACAUUUCUAGCUGGCCACAGAGAUGGGAUAGUUGACCCAAUUGAUGGUUUCACUUAGACUUCUUAUGACUCAGGCCAAAGGCCCCUUCUUCCACAUCAUGUUGUUAUGUGUAGCCCAGUUCCUUUGAAAGGAGGUCACUGAAGACUUAUUGGUAUUUUGUGAUACAAGCUUUAUUUACACAUCUAGACAGGCUGAUUGAGGAUAGGUGUUUAAGUCCAACAGAUGCCCCAAAGUUUAGUUCAUCAUACCACUAAUUCAUAAAAGCCCAAAGGGCUUUACUCCAAUUUACACCACUUCCUCUGCAAAACUCACAAUGCCCUUGUUGCAGGAACAGUUCCAGGAUUCGGUGAGAUUUAAAGCCAGAGUACUCCAGCGCAACAAUAGCCCUUUUCAGCUAUUACACAUGCCACAUUAUACCCAUUCUACGUGCACAAGAAAUCAACUUUUAAGUGUUGCAGGACCUAUGCUUUGGAACUCCCUGCCUGUUGAUAUUAUGGUGCCAGCUAAAAACAUUAUUGUUUAGACCAACCUACCCAGAUAGGUAGAAGACUGAUUUGUGUUUUACUUUGCUUUUAGUUUAUUGCUGAUUUUAAUUUUUUAAAAUAUUUUAAAUGGUUAUUUUUAAAUUCUUUUUGCCAAUACUUUUGUUUAAUUCUUUUUGUAAACUGCUUUGAGGUGUGUGCUUUUUCCAAUCAAACAUUAUAUACAUUUUAUUAAAUAAGUAAAUAAAUAAAUAAAAUAUGUGUAUGUGUAACCACUCACAAUCUAAAAGAAUUAUCUGAUUUAACAAAUGGAUAAUAGUGGAUAACUAUUAUAUAAUAACUGGGACGCAGGUGGUGCUGUGGGUUAAACCACAGAGCCUUGGGCUUGCCGAACGGAAGGUCAGCGGUUUGAAUCCUCGCGACGGGGUGAGCUCCCGUUGCUUGGUCCCUGCUCCUGCCAACCUAGCAUUUCGAAAGCACGUCAAAGUGCAAGUAGAUAAAUAGGUACCACUCCGGCGGGAAGGUAAACGGCAUUUCCGUGCGCUGCUCUGGUUCGCCAGAAGCGGCUUAGUCAUGCUGGCCACAUGACUCGGAAGCUGUACACCGGCUCCCUCAGCCAGUAAAACGAGAUGACCGCCGCAACCCCAGAGUCGUCCACGACUGGACCUAAUGGUCAGGGGUCCCCUUACCUUUACCUAUUAUAUAAUAAUGGGUAACUAUUAUAUAAUAAAGGAUAACAAAUAAAAUAAUAGUAAAUUGAGGAUGAUUUCUACAUAAAUUACCCACAUUUGUAAUUAAGCUAUCUUCCUGUGUAUCAUCUAGAUAUAGCAAGCAACCCAUUUCUUUAAAGCCCCAGAACUGAGUGAAGGAGGUAGCUGUCUCUAGGAUUCCGUUUCGGAGUAUUCUGGGGGGGGGGGGAGGGCAUUGCAUGUAACUUUGUGCAGUAAAACUGGAACAGGGCAGGAUUUACUUCUGAGUGAAUGAAUCUUGAUCAAGAACUAUUGCAGCAGUAUGAUUGACUGCAAUACUAUUGAGGGGGACCCCAUUACUUUAAAAAGUAUACAACUUGUUGUUUUGUAUGACACUAUAUUGCACUGAAUAUUUUUUUAAUUCAACCCCUCUCCCCGGUUUUUCCUUUGGAAAUUUCCCUAAAAGCUUUCACAUUUCUGACUCCGUUCCUUUUGAUUCCAGGCUCUGCCCUGGGAUCAUUUUUGUUGUUGUAUUUUUCAGUAUAGUAGUUGACAACCUGAUUUUUGUAUGCAUAAGACUUCACUUAUGAGGAAAAUUGGCCAAUUCCAGGUGUGCAAUUUUUUCAAAUGCCAAUUUGUUUCUUUUAGAGUCUGAAAUCUUGACAUGGAUGCCACAGAGUUCCGAAAAAGAGGAAAAGAAAUGGUGGACUAUAUUGCAGAUUACCUGGAGACGAUAGAGAAAAGACGGGUCUAUCCUGAUGUGGAGCCCGGGUACCUGAGACCUCACAUCCCAGAUUCUGCUCCUGAAGAACCUGAGAGAUUUGAAGAUAUCCUUAAAGAUGUUGAAAAGAUCAUUAUGCCUGGGGUAAGAUCAAACUGCAGAUGAGCUUUAAAGAAUGGGCUUGUCUACAUGGGAGGUUUACUGUGUGUUUACAGCUGUUUGCAUUCUAUUUAAUUUGUGUAGUACAUGUGUCGUCAGCCUCAGACAACAGCAGUCCCGAUGCUUUCCUGCUGUAAAUUUGAGUUUUCCCAACACAGGGAUAAUCUGUUAAAUUGGGAGAAAUCAGGCCACGAACCACUCCACCUGGAGCCUCAGACAAUUAGCUGUGGUGGUUUUGGGUGGGUGGAUCACUUGUCACUCUCUGUUACUUCCCUUUCCAAAUUCACUACUUCCCCAAUGCUUUAACUUCCUUUCCAGCUAUGCUCAUGACUAUAUCUGGCAUGAUCCUGAAUGGACGACUGUAGCUGUAUAUGUAUAUGUAUACAUAUGUGUGUAGUUCCCUCAGAUAUGUCUCAAACCAGAAAACUACACAAGCAAAUAGAGUGCUGAGUAUUUACAAUUGCCUGACUCUGUGCUUUUGCACCCUUCCUGGGCUGGGAAUUUAAAAACAAGAGAACGCCCAAGGUGUGCGCAUCGCUAUCCAUGCACAUGACCUGUUGGUCCUCAAUCAGCAUAAUGGUAUCAACAAAUCACGGACUCUUCAAGUGUCCCUAUUUUCCAGGAACAGUCCCAGAUUUACAGAAGCCAUCCUGGUUUCUGAUUUGAUCCCAGAAUGUCCCGCUUUUCAUUAGGAAGUCCCUACUUUCAUAGGAGAAAAGUUGGAGGGUUUGGAAAUAUGCAAACCCCAAGCCAAGGAGAUAAGUAACUGUACAACCUUUAGAAGACGGCCCUCUAUAGGGAAGUUUUUUCAUGUUUAAUGUUUUGUUAUGUUUUUAUACAUGUUGGAAGCCGCCCAGAGUGGCUGGGGCAAUCUAGUCAGAUGAGCGGGUAUAUUAUUAUUAUUAUUAUUAUUAUUAUUAUUAUUAUUAUUAGAAUAGGACAUCCCUAUUGUCAUCCGAGAAAUGUUGGAGAGUAUGAAAUCAGAAGACAAGGACAAACAGAAAAGGGAACCUGUACAAUAUUUGUAUCUGCUGGUACAAAUGUGAAAGACCCAAGUAGUUCCUUAUUUACAAAUUCAAUAUACUGUAUGUGGGACAGCCCUACACAAAGAUUGCAAUAAAAAAUGGUAAUAUGGCUAAGAUUACCCACAGCAGAAAAAUGGAAGACUUUGCACAGUCUACAAAUAUAUCUGUGGUAUAAAAAUGUCUGGAACCUAGACAUGGCAGAAUACAAUUCACAAUAUAAAGCUUUCCAAAGGCUUUGAAGAUCCAGAAUGUUUUUAUUCUGUGCAGCAGGACUUUAUCCAGUGCAACUAAUCUCUAGGUCACUAUGGGGCUACCAAUGUGGGAAAUGUGGGUCUCUUAGUGUUUCUUCAAACAGGUGUCCUCUUACAUCCAGUUUUGUUGACAAAUUAAGAAAAUGGCUACAUGGCCAUCUUUGUAAUAAAAUUCAGGGGGAGAAGGGGGGAAUGUUGGGAAAAAUAAAUUAAACCAUUCACAUGCAACAACGGCAAAAAAACAUCAAAUACAUCAAAUACAUGUAAGUGUGGACUAUUUCAGUCUAAUUUGAAGGGGGGAAAGUGGAUUAACAAAUAAUGUUCAAAUGUGGACAAGUCCAAUAUGAAUUAAUUUUUAAAUAGCUGUAACAAAGUUCUUGAGGCAAUAAUUCUGAUCAGUAGUGACUUGUCCAUAUGAGAAUGGCUCUUCCAUAUCUGUAGAAAUUGCCUCAGCACAUGAAAUCUGUCAUACUCCAAUUUUGCGAUCCAGUACCAGAAAAAGGCAGUGUAGAGACUGCAAGUCAUGUCAGAGUGCCCUGGGAAAGCCAUAAAUCAUCUACUACUAGAUAUGAUCUUCAGUGAAUGGAAAGCAGGUAAAUUAAAGAACGGGAGGGUCAGCGGGCACAAACUCAGCCUCUCCCCCAACUCCAAUAUAGGUAAAGGUAAAUGUACCCCUGCCCGUUUGGGCCAGUCUUGCCAGACUCUAGGGUUGUGCGCUCAUCUCACUCUAUAGGCCGGGAGCCAGCGCUGGCCGGCAGACACUUCCGGGUCACGUGGCCAGCGUGACAAGCUGCAUCUGGCGAGCCAGCGCAGCACACGGAACGCCGUUUACCUUCCCGCUAGUAAGCGGUCCCUAUUUAUCUAUUUGCACCCGGGGGUGCUUUCGAACUGCUAGGUUGGCAGGCGCUGGGACCGAGCGACGGGAGCACACCCCGCCGCGGGGAUUCGAACCGCCGACCUUUCAAUCAGCAAGUCCUAGGCACUGAGGCUUUUACCCACAGCGCCACCCGCGUCCCUAACUCCAAUAUAGAAAAUGCCAUCUAUGCUGAGCUGGUGUCAGAGCCAAUGAGUGUGAAAGUGAUUGUCCCUUUGACUUUCUCCAUAAUCCGCCUCUUUGCAGACUGUUCUCUUUUGCUUCAUCCUGCAAAUAGCCUGAAGGAGGGUCACAUUUGAUUAAUCUCUUCAGAAUGUGUCACUGACUUAAGUAUUAUUGCACAGGCUGAUCAAGAUAAACAGCUUCUGCUGCCUCAUCCAAAGCAUCAGUCGGCCUCACAGGGGUCUGUGGUCAGCAGCUCCAUUUCUCAAGCCCUUGACAUUUCCUGGAUUUCUUUGUAAUAACUGCCCUUUUCAUUCAAAUAUCAGACUGAAGAUCUUCUCCCCAGAAGCACCAAAUGCGCUUCAUAUAGCAAUUUGUAGGGUUUGUUUUGCAUUUCUGGUUUCAAACUGAGAUAAAGAAAGGAUGUAUUUGCAGCACCUGGGGGGAGGGAUUUUUGGAGAUGAGCGCUGCAACCCCAGAGUCGUCCGCAACCGGACUUAAUGGUCGUGGGUCCCGUUACCUUUACCUUUACCACAGCAUACAUUUGUAGCACAUGACUUCCCCCAAAGGAUAAUGGAAACUGUAGUUUACUCCUCACAGAGCUAUAAUACCCAGCACCCUAUAGUCCAUAUAAACUCAAUAGUCAGUAGUAAAUUUAUAGUCAAUAUAACAUAGAUUUAGAUUAUUUAGAUUUAGAUAUGAACCAACCCAGACUCUGUAAUCUUCAUCUGAGGUCCUCCUUCUUCCAGGCUAUUGGCUGAUUAAACAAUCAAGGGCCUGUGUUUUGCUGGGGGUAUUGUUCUGUUUGUUGUUAUUUGUUUUUAAACUGUAAAGCACCCGUGAUCCUUGGAUGAAGGGUGGCGUAGAAAUCUAAUAAACAAAACAAUUCUUCACUCCUGCUUCUUUUCCUGAUGUAUGCCUGCUUCUGGUCUUUCCGGCAGGUGACUCACUGGCACAGCCCCUACUUCUUUGCCUACUACCCAACGGCCAACUCCUUCCCAGCUCUUCUGGCUGACAUGCUCUCUGGGGGCAUAGGGUGUAUUGGGUUUACAUGGGUAAGUGCGUUCCACCCCUCUCUGCUGGGUUACCUAGGGGACAGGCGACAUGCGCAACCUUUGCACCAGGCAGGCAAUUCACCCUGCAGGCACCCUGCCAACCACACACCCAAUUAUUUGUGUUCCUAAUUAUCACCCACUACCAAUGCCUCCCGUACCCAUGGCCUGGAGACCCAAGUGUUUUAUUGUGUUUUAUUGUUGUGAACCACUUCAGGUUUUUGUUUUUGUUUUAAUAUAGAGAUAUAUAAAUAUUUUAAAACACGCAGAUUAAGAUUGAAGGAGUUUAGCCUGGAGAAUAUAUGGUUAAGAAGUGAUAUAAUAGCCAUCUUCAAACAUUUUAAGGACUGUCAUAUAGAUGAUGGAGCAGAUUCAUUUUCUGUUGCUCCAGAGGAUAGGGCAUGAGCUGUUUGACAGUGGAACAGACUGCCUUGGAAGGUGCUGGAUUUCUCUUUGUGAGAGACUUUUAAAGCAGAGAUUGUGUGGCCAACUAUCAGGGAUGCUAUAUUUGUGGGUUUCCUGUAUUAUAACUCUUUGUAUAAAUAUUGAGGAGAAGCUACCACACUCCUGUAGUUUCUUUUUACCACAUUUCUCUAUUUUAGGCAUCAAGCCCAGCUUGCACAGAGCUGGAGACAGUCAUGCUGGAUUGGCUAGGGAAGAUGAUCAAUUUGCCACCAUCAUUUCUGGCCGAGAAGGAUGGAGAGGGGGGUGGCGUGAUCCAGGUAAGCUGGAAGCUUGUGGUCUUAGUUUCUGCAUGGUGUAUGUUCUGCUCAAACUGGAUUGAAACUGAUAUGUAUCUUUCAUUUUUUUGGGAUAAUAUAUGGGCAUAAUGGUUCCCCACAAAGGUGCAGAAGACAUGCCAUCACGCUUUCAAGUCAUCAUCUGAUAUCUGAGGAAUGAAGACACUAUGCCUGUGUGAACCAUUCCUGAAACUCCUGGUUACCCCUGUGAAAACCUAGUUGGGAUAAUGUUCUAUGGAAAUAUGGAUUUGUAUAUGUAACCUGCCUUUUACCUGAAGGUCCCUAGUGGAGUGGCAUACACCUAAAACAAACAAAAUUAAAACACACACAAUUAAACCAAUUAGACACAAAUUUACAAAGUUCAUAAACCUUCCUCUCCAAAAUCCUAGGCAAAAAGGUGUGUUUUCAAUGACAAUGAAACAACAACAGUGUUGUGGGUGAAACGUACCUCGGAGGGAUGGUUGUUGCAAAGGAAUCAAGACUUUAAAAUGAGCCCAGAAGACAGGAGAUUGUUCAAGACUGAUGUUAUGCUGGGGCACCCUACUAGUACCCUGGUUGCCACAUUUGGUACCAGAUUCAACUUCCAAACUGGUUUCAAGGAUUUUGUUGUUGUUGUUUAGUCGUUUAGUCGUGUCCGACUCUUUGUGACCCCAUGAACCAGAGCAUGCCAGGCACUCCUGUCUUCCACUGCCUCCCGCAUUUUGUUCAAACUCACUUUUAUAUGCCUGUUGUCUUUGUCCACGGAGUUUUCUUGGCAGGGAUACUGGAGUGGCUUGCCGGUUCCUGCUCCAGGUGGAUCAUGUUUGGUCAAAACUCUCCACUAUGACCUGUCCAUCGUGGGUGGCCCUGCUCGGCCUAGUUCAUAGCUUCUCUGAGUUAUUCAAGCCCCUUCGCCAUGGCAAGGCAGUGAUCCAUGAAGGGGGUUUUCAAGGAUAGCCCCAUGUAAAAGAACACCAACAAUACAAUCGGAAGUUACCAGAAUGUGGAUGAUUGUAGCCAAGCUCUCUCUCCUCAGGUGGGGCACUAGAUGGUGUACCUGCUGAAGCUGAGCAUCAGCACUCCUAGUUCCUGAAGCCACCUGCGAUGGCACCAGAGUUAUCCUCAAGCUAUGCACCUGUUCCUUCAGGGGAAGAGCAACCUGUUGUAGAAGAACUUAUCCCUCUUUUAGCUGAGCCAAUUGUUUUAGAUGCUACUCUGGCUAUUUGGAUAAACAGCUGUAAUCAGGGCUUUUCUUCUGCCGAAACUCAAUGCCGUUGACAUUAUAAUAGAACAAGGGAGGUGUUUGCGGUGAGUUCUGGCACCUCCUUUUCUAGAAAAAUAGCACUGGUUGUAAUAACUUUGCCCUUUUUAAUGGCUAGUUGGAAUUCUAGAACUGUACAGACCAGCACAGACCCUGCCCCCAAUCCCACAGUGUUAAAUCUGGAAUAACUGCUUGAACACUUGCUAGCUGCUGAAGCCUAAUGUCAGGAUGAAUUGCUUUUACAUGUAGGGUGCAAAUGUUGUUUUACUUCACCCCACCAUAGCCCUAGUUUUGUGCUGAGGAUCAAUGAGCAAUUAUGUCUAUUUGCCAAUGGGAAAUGCUGCCCUUUUAAGCUGACAAUUCUUGAUGGACUAUAAUUUGGGGGCACUGAGAGUGGGUGGUGUCCGUGCUGCUGGUGGAGAUGAAGCAAUUUGUAGUGUUGGUCUUCUUGCCUCAUUCUUGUAUCAAUAAUGAUAAAAACAAGAAAGAACAUGGCGGAGAUGGGCUUUAUAUUAGACUGCCAAUCAAAUGAAUAUUGCAAUAUUGGCCUGUGGAAAUGGGUGCUUAAUUACCCUUAAAGGACCAAAUCAAUAUGAAAUUAUCCUGCUGCCUCAAAGGUGACACUUGAAAAAUCCAAAGACGAAAGGAAAUUUCCGCUUGGGGCUCUGUUUGACUCACCAAUGCUUCUGUCGCCUCUUGAGGCUGCUCACCAUGGUAACCUUUGUUUGCUUGCUGUGAAGUAAAAAGUAUAAUAGCCAGCUUACUUAGUAUGUGUAUCAUAAAAACCAUCUUUCCCAGCAGCGCAUUCAAUGGGGGCGCCUCAGUUUCUCCACUCUGACAUUUUAUAGAGGCCUGAUCCAGCCAUAAUUACACAGCUAAGACCCACUGAUUUCAGUGGGAGGGAUUUAAGCAAGUGCUUAAUGGCCUCUGAAAUCAAUAGUGUUAAAAAAUGCUUAACUUUAACUACAUUUAAAGUGUUCCUUGUCUCUAUGCCUGUUGGCCUUCUCCUCCUGGAACUGGCUGAGGGUGCUUUCCCUCUAAACCAGAGCUCCAGCCAGCAAACCAGACGUCUGCAGCAGAGAGAAGGAAUUCCUAAUGUUGUGAAUAUGAGUGGGGACAGACUCCCCAUAAUUUCUGCAUUCAGUGGAUGGUCAGAGUUUGAGUAGACUCCUGAAUUUAGCAGGGGCUGGGAAUAACACUCCUAACUUCCCCAGGCUUUGCCAGGUGUAGAGGGAGCAUGAUGUCACCCCAGGAAAAGAAGGUGUCCAUUUCCAGCAGAUGGUUGGGGAGAAGGAGCAGGAAGUGGGCACAACCUCAUGCGGGCAGCAGUCAUGCUGGCUGCCUGGAUCAGGCGACUGGGCUGCUGCGAAGGACAAGUCCCUCUUGGGACAUACAUGCUGUGAACCCUCUCUCCGUAAAUUCAGGUUUAAAAGUGUGAAUAAGCCAUAUUUCCAAGACACAGCAGACUCUGCUGCACCUUGAUUUCCCCACAGAACCACAACCCUGGGGGAGCGCCUGGAACCUCCUGGAAUCUUGCUGCCAUUCAGCAGAGACUGGGGGUGGAGUGCAAGGCUGUUCUGAAUGCUGCUAGACCACAAGGGUUAGCAGAAGCCAUAGUGGAAAAAGAACGUGUGUCUUUGUGUCAGAAAGGCACAAGCGGAAGGUCCCAGGUUCCAUCUACGAUGGCAUCCCCAAGGAGGCCUUGGAGAGACUCCCUGCCUGAAAUCCCGGAGAGCCAUUGCUGCCAGGCAGUGUAGACCGACUGAGCCAGGUGCAGCUGUGCUCUGGCCUCGCGGAGGGAAGCUUCCUCGGUUUCUAAAUUGCUUUCCACAAGAAAUGCCUGUUUAAUGAGGUGCUUCCGGCUGUGCUUCCUUUCCCCUGGCUUGCAGCACCCUAAAUCUUCAACAUGUUCUCUUCAGCUCACUGGAUCUUCUGCCACUGUCCCGACUCACUUUCCAUUGGCUUGUCCUGCCCAACUGAGCCUCUCUCUCCUUCCCUGCAGGGCACGGCCAGCGAAGCGACCUUGGUUGCACUGCUUGCAGCUAGAACCAAAGCGAUCCAGCGGGCGCAAUCAGAAAACGGAACGCUGACUCAGGGAGACAUCAUUGGCCGGCUGGUGGCUUAUACCUCGGACCAAGUGAGUAUUGAGACUCUCUGGAGCAGGAAUCGCCAGCCCAGCACCUGCAGCUGCCACAGUGCCUGCCAAGACCUUCAGUGGCAUCCAUAGGCAGUGGCCCUCGACCCUGAGCUUUCAUAUAGACAUAGAUAUAUAGACAUACAGAUAUAGAUAUAGUUUUGUACCUGCUAAAAAUUAAGUUAUGAAGCAAAAAGUACAGGCACCCUUUUAAGCAAUUUCUCUGAUGGCUGCUCCCACCUGUCUGUGUUUUCGCCGAUGUGUGAAGUCAGAGCUGUAUAAAUGAGUUCUUUGGACACCUGGCAAUGGGAAUCACUGGAGUCCUAAAGAGCUGCUGUUUCUCUCUCAAGGGAUGUUCCUGCUUCUGUCUUAUUUUCCAUAAGUCCUUGGAAUCGCCAUAGUUUCCCCUUCCAUCCCUGCCCCUGGCAACCAGAAUGGGCCUUUCCUAUGGUGGGUCAUCUGAGACCAGGUAGUCCUUUGAAGCUGUUUUCUGCAUAUAGAAUCCCCGCUCCACACAAAAGGCAAAUAUGAAAACCUGUGAAGAGGCUUAGAUAUACUUCCACCUGUACAGGAGCUUGAGACCAUACACCUGUUAACAACUGUAUAGUCAAGUAUGCACCUCUAUUUGUAAUUUGCUCUCUUUGUUUUAAAGGGGACUUACCCCCAGGUAAAUGGGAACAAGAUGCCAACCUAGGCUUUGGUUUAGAAUUGGGGGAUACAGGCUUCUGAAUACAGGGUUCUUAUGCCUUUAACAGCUCUAUAAUAGGCAGAAAUUCCACAGGUUAAGUCUUUUCUAGGAUGGAAAUAAAAUUAUGGGAAAAGCCUCACCAUGACUGUGCUAAUUUUGUUUCAUGUCAUGCCUCUCGCUUGGUAGUCAUAUUGAGUUAUUCCAUGCCCCAGUGGCAGCCAUUUUUUGACUCUUUCAACAUUCAGAAUAUGUCCACUGGUCCAAAAAAUUUGGGUUGUGACAUAAUGAAUGGUAUGAAAACUAGUCCUACUCUGAUAGACCUAUUGAAAUGAAUGAACAUGGCUAACUUAGGUUCAUUAGUUUCAAUGGGUCUACUCUGAGUAGGACUUAAUUGGCUACCACCAAUUUUCAUCCACACACUGGCUUUUGAAGUGGCUCCUUGGGAAUGCACAAGCAUACUUUUAAGCAAGCGUGUGAAAUUACCUACUCUUUUCUUGUAGAAAAAGAAGCUGGUGCAGGUGGGAUAUAAGGUUUAAGGUCACAGAAACAGGACCCUUAUGUAUGCAAUGAAGCUUUUCUCCUGUUCUUUGAAUUCCUCCUGGGCAGCCCCAGCCACGCAGCUUGAAAUCAAGUGCACCUGCCCCCCCCAACUUUGGACUGUAAAUGCCUGAUCCUCAAUAAGGGAUGACAGUCAUACUUGCCUGCUGAAGGUCAGGGGAUUUUUAUUUUGUCUGCACAAGGAUUUGCCUUAAGAUGUUUCUGACCUUUUAAGGCAGCCUGUUGCUGAGCUCACAGCUCCUUCUGCAUUAAGUUCAUAACUGGGUGACUCAGUAAUCCAAAAGGAGAGACAGAAAAUCCAACCUAAGGAUAAAUAUCAGGUUUAACAAAGGUAGAUGGUUUGGGAGAAUUCAGGAAUAUGAUAAACAGGAUUGCUUUCUUUCUCUCUGAAUAUGGUUGCAUCCUUAACAAUAUUUGGAGGAAGGGCACGUGUAUCUGUACUCCAGUUUCUCACGUGUCACGUUUUUGCUCCAUCUGAGGCAGAUCCACCUGCCCCUUUUAGGCCGCCUCCUCUGAGCAUCUCCAGCUAGUGGUUUCUAGCCUAUACCAGGUGGCUUGGCCAGUAUUUUGGGGUUGUAUCUUACUCAGAGUAGACCUAUCAAAGUUGCAAACAUGACUAACAUGCUGCAGAUGGGAGACUGAGACUCGGAUUUAUUUGCCUGUCUUCUUUUUAAAAGAGGUGUUGUGUUCUACAAGUUUAAACUUUAACAUGUUUUGUCUGUGAUGGCUCUUCCCUUUUUUAAAUAAUUAAUUAAUUAAUUUUUUAACAAUAAGAACACUUGUGUGAAGUAAUAAGUAAAUUCAAUAAACUAAGCUUCGUAUGCAAAUAUGUUUUUAAGACACAUUUUCUCCCAUUUCAUUGCAGGCUCAUUCAUCGGUUGAAAAGGAUGGCUUGAUCGCUGGAGUUAAAAUCAAGCAGCUCCCCACAGACGACGCGUUCGCUGUACGUGGGUCAGCCCUAAGGAAAGCCGUAGACCAAGAUAAAGCUGCUGGCCUCAUUCCAUUCUUUGUAAGUGCUGAUAGCUCAGUGUUUGUUCAUGGCUGUAAUGCCCAAUGAAUAAGUAGACAAUUGGGGUUGCCAACCUGGGAACUGGCCUGCUUCUCUGUGCCUUUAACAGCGCCCAGAAGGAGAACAGCAGCUGCCAUUUGAAGAAGAGCAAGCCCAGGGCCCCCUCUAAGUUGCCAGCUGUAUUUGCAAGAGGCAACCUGCUGUCCCUGCUCCUGAUGUGAUUACAAUGUUGUAAUACGGGUUACAAAUUGGGUUAGAGUCAUUGGCUGCUACAGACGCUGCAUCAAAACCCCUCCCCCCUCCCAGGACAACAGAUGUUUUUCGCUUUCGGCUGUGGAUGAAAGGAGCUUCAAGGUCUCACACACACAAGGUCACAGGAAAGGCAACCAGGAGAAUGAACUAUAGCUGAGCUUCAUCUCUUGUGAUAAGGCCUAAAGCCUGACCUCCUUCUUGAGGCUGGUGCAUUGCUGCAUUUAGCAGUAAGAGAACAUUGACACCAAGAUGCUGUAGCUUUCAUUUGGAUUUAGCUGUUUCCACUGAAAUCAGUGUCUGGUCUGCCUACCGGGAGUGUGGACUCCUGGAGAGCUCACAGCCAUGUGCUGCUCCCUGGCCCUUCUUGUGCCCAUGAACUAAGCCAGGAUUUGGCUCUGGGGGCUCCCCAAACUUUGAUUCAUGGUUAUUGUUGUUGUUGGCGUGUUUAUAGCCGACCUUUUCCCCUGACAGGCACUCAAGGCAGCUUACAGAUAAAAAUAAAGAACCACUAAAACACAUGAAAAACAGUCAUUAAAAACAACUGAAUGUUGAAUGUUUAAUUUGAUAGAAUGGUUAAGCUCCCUCCUCACUAACCAGAAUCUUUCCCUACAGGAAAACCACUUGCAAAGCAGCACCCCACAUAAUUCACCCCCUUUGCUCUUGGUAGCGGGAGGGAGAAGAAAAUGCAACUUCUCCUUCCUCUGCCCUCCUCUCGGCCCUGUGUUAAAUCGGGGCCUUUAAAUAUAUAUAUAAUUAAAUAUUAACCCAACUCCCUGAAUUAAUUUGGGACUGGAUCUGGGGUGGGUAGUCCCUGGGUCCAGGGUGGGUUGGUCUGCUUGCCCCCAACCUGGAUCAGAGCCACAGGGCAGAACAAGUGGUCUGUACACAGCCCUAGUAUUUAUGUUGUCCAAUAACUAAGGUUCUCUGGGCAGCUUUCAGUUUUAUGCAAAAAUAAAACCAUAAACCCAUAAAAUCUAAGGGAGCAUAAGACCAGCAGUAGAAGAUAACCACCAUUUCAAAAAGCUGACACCAUAAAGAAAGAUCUGAACUUCAGAGCCAUCCAAAGUGUCCUUGAGUCACAAACAAAGAGAUUGAAAAGCCUGGGGAAAUGAAAAAGUCUUUAUCUGGCAUGGAAAGACCACAACGUAGAUUCUAGGCAAGCCUCUUUGAGGAGGGGUCCCAUGACUGGAGCAGCACCACUGAAGAGACACGAUAGAGUCACUGCUGAGCCAAAUCUUUUGCCCCUUUGUCAUCUCUAGCCAGUAAAUUCGUUGGAGCAUUAUACAAAACCUGAGCGGAUAUGGUAGUUGGGCAGGAAAACAGAGUUUGCCAAAGCAAGGAGCAGCAACAAAAGCAAUAAAAAUAGUUCAUUGAAUGUCAGGUUUCAGCCCAGCCCCAGUUGGGAGCCUCCUCAGAGGAAUGUGGGAAUUAGAUUCUCCUUCCCAUUUAGUGCUAUGCGAAAGGAAGAAUCUGGGUUGUUUAACCCUUUCAUUUGUUGCCUUCCUACAAAAAUUACACAAGACCACUGUCUUUUAAAGUUUAAAUAACAAAUAACUUUUACUCAGUGUGCAGGCAGUUCUCCAUUUAUCUGGGGGUUACGUUCCAAGGCACCACACACAUUGGUGAAAUCACAUACAGUGGUGCCUCUCAAGACGAAAAGGAUCCGUUCCGCGAGUCUCUUCGUCUUGCGGUUUUUUCGUCUUGCGAAGCAAGCCCAUUAGCGGUUUAGCGGAUUAGCGCUAUUAGCGGCUUAGCUGGCUUAGCGGAUCAGCUGAUAAGCGGCUUAGCGGAUCAGCUGAUAAGCGGCUUAGUGGCUUAACGGAUCAGCUGUUAAGCGGCUUAGCGGAUCAGCUGAUAAGCGGCUUAGUGGCUUAGCGAUCAGCUGUUAAGCGGCUUAGCGGAUCAGCUGAUAAGCGGCUUAGUGGCUUAACGGAUCAGCUGUUAAGCGGCUUAGCGAUCAGCUGUUAAGCGGCUUAGCGGAUCAGCUGAUAAGCGGCUUAGCAGCUUGGGAAAAAGGAGGGGGAGAAAAAACCCCCGCAGGAACUCGCAAGACAUUUUCGUCUUGCGAAGCAAGCCCAUAGGAAAUUCGUUUUGCGAAGCACCUCCAAAACGGAAAACCCUUUCAUCUAGCGGGUUUUCCGUCUUGCGAGGCAUUCGUCUUGCGGGGCACCACUGUAUAAUUGAAAACCAUUGAAAAGGCCUGCAAACACCCCGUUCUGCCCUUUUAGUGAUGUUUCAGUGAUGUGUUUAUGAUGUUUCUGAGUCACUUCUGGGUUUGGUACAAUGUGCGUAUAUAUGGCUGCGCACAGACUGAAUGCGCGUGAACGGGGCUGCCUGUACUUGCACUUGGUGGAUCAAUUAUACAAGGCAGGGAGGUGUUUCUUAUGUUAAUGAUACAUCUUACGUAGAUUUGUAUCUAAGACAAAAACUGUUACAGAUGGACUAACCCUGAGGCAGACAGCCGCACAACAGGACAGACCUGCUGCUCAGGUGCUCUAACAGCUGAGAUAGUUCACAGCUGCCAAAACUGCCCAAAUGACAUCACGGCCUCUGGCAGAAGGUGAAUGAUGUCACAGAGUUAUAUCUGGGAAUGCUAUGGCCCUUGUGAGCAUUUACCUUUCACUUAGCAUUUCGGAUGCUUUCGGCCGACAAGGAAGACCAGGAGGAGCAGAUAGAAGACCAUGCUUGGCAGGGGGUUGGACUCGAUGGCCCUUGUGGUCUCUUCCAACUCUAUGAUUCUAUGAUUCAGAAAUGUCCAGCAGAUCUCCACAACCUGGGAAGAGGGGGAGGGACAUGGAAGCACCUGCCUGGAUUGGGUUCUGGCGGAGAGCCUGGAAGGAGUGGAACCUCCAGAUCCCAUCCAGAUCCUUCCAGAUCCCAUCUCAGCUUUCUUAAGAGGUCCAAAGCAAAGCUUUUUUGACCUGGGGAAAGGGGCAGAGCUUCAGAGAUCUGGGUCAUGGUACAUGUUCCAAUAGUUCUUUUGAAUUUCACAAAACUGGACCCAUAUUAGCUGAAAUUAUACUUAAUGUAGAGCCAGUCUGGACUUGUUUUAGCUGAAAAUACCACCACUACUCCUAAACAUGCACAAAUGUGCAUGCACACGCACACAAGAUCCUCAGAUUUUGUAUUGGGAAAUGCUGCAUGAAAUUAGUUUGUAUUAGUUCUAUGCAGCUAAUCUUGUACCUUCCCAAAGAAUGCUGAAAGUUUUGGUUUUGGUUUGCUGAUGGCUGAUUCUCUCCUUCAGUUAGAUUUAUUUUGUUGUUGUUGUUGUUGCUUUUUGUUUUUGGUCCCGUAGUUUUGUGCAACACUUGGAACCACAACAUGCUGCUCCUUUGACAAACUGUCAGAACUGGGUCCUAUUUGUAAGUCAACAAUUAUUUAUUUUGUCUCAGAGUUGGAAAAAUAUUGCUAUAAAUGAGCUACCAUUUAAAUUCCAAUAAAUUUCACUUGUCACAACAUUAAAUACAGUAGUUUCAGUGAGAUGCGCUCAUAUUGUUUAAUUAAACAAACAAACAAAUAAACAGGGUUUGUUUGAAUUUAGUAUGUUGUCAAACCUGUUCCAUCUGGGAGCAGAAUGAAACCAUUACCCUGGAGACCUGCCUCUUCUCUGAAAAACGUCCCUGAGUUAGCUCCUUCCUGUUCUAUUGCAAGUGUGUACCUGGAUUCACAGCCAACACUCAUGUAUGUUCAUAUACAUACUGCUGAGAGGUUUAGGAUCUUUUGCUGCAGUUAUGACUUGUGCUUGCUAUGGAUGUGUGUUAACCCUUAAUCUUAUGCCCAUGAGAAGCUCUCCCACAGAGGACUGAAAAAGCUUGGUUUAUUCUGUGAGAUAGGAGUGACAAAAUAUAUAUAAAUGCUGCUUCAGACAGCCAAGUUAUAAUCUAAACAGGUAGCAAAUUUUACAAUACAUACACACCUUGAUUAAAGAGUAAAAGAUCCCCUAACUAUUCUAAAAUGCCUGCAGACACAUGGGCAUGACAGUUUUGCCAUAACCCCCCACUAGAAGUGGAAAGGGGUGGGAAAACAAAGUAUAAAGGUAAAGGGACCCCUGACCAUUAGGUCCAGUCGUGACCGACUCUGGGGUUGUGGCGCUCAUCCCACUUUACAUGCCGAGGGAGCCAACGUUUGUCCGCAGAGAGCUUCCAGGUCAUAUGGCCAGCAUGACUAAGCCACUUCUGGAGAAACCAGAGCAGCACACGGAAACACCAUUUACUUUCCCGCUGGAGCGGUACCUAUUUAUCUACUUGCACUUUGACGUGCUUUCGAACUGCUAGGUUGGCAGGAGCAGGGACCGAGCAAUGGGAGCUUACCCCGUCGCGGGGAUUCGAACCGCUGACCUUCUGAUCGGCAAGCCCUAGGCUCUGUGGUUUAACCCACAGCACCACCCGCAUCCCUUAUAAAGUACUUUAUUACAAAGUGUACCUGUCCUUAAAGCUAAACAGAUGUGUGCCGAGUCCUGGCCAGUGCUGGGUCAGUUCUGUCAUGUUGGAGCCAGGAGAGCUCACUAGCCUUUGAAUCUAAAGUUUUUUUAAAAUACCUUUUUGCCAAGGCAUGCCAGUGGGGAGGGGACUGUGAACUGAGUGGUUUCUACAAUUUCCAUAAUUCCUUCCAGAAUAGUGAGAAAAUGUUAAAACUGGCCAUCCAGUUUGCUUAAUAAAGGGUGAAGGACUUGUGACAGUGAGCCAUUAUUUGAAUCUGGCCGUCUUUGUCUGCUACCUGCCUUCAAAUCACCUUUGAGGAAUUGAGUAUCCUGUAUUUGAUAACUAAAUUUGCAGGUGUUAAUCUUUAGGUCAGGCGUGUGUGAAUUCAGGAUAUGCCUGAGUGCCUUUUAGGGGCCUGGAAGUUCCAGAGUCACCAAAGUUUCAUCAUGGAGAGUCUCAUGCCAUACUAGUUAUGUCCCGGUGCGCUGCCUCGCCCCCAUGGCAGAGGGGUCCCAGGCCAUGCUGCUAUCACUGCAGUGGAUGUGAGUGACGUUGGCACACCCUGCCGUGUGUUCGUGUCACUGCAUAGAAUUUUGGGGGACCCCCUGCCCCUUCAUUGAACAUUUGUGGGUGCCUGGGCCCCCUGGCCCUGCAUGGAUGGUGCCUGUAGUUAUGUCAGUCUUAUACUCCUGCCAUGAUCUGCAGAGAUAAACCAGAUCGGAAGUUCAGAUUCACACAACCUUUUCACAGUUUCCCCUCUGCUCCAUCACUGCCCAUGUACAGUGAACAGUUUAAACAUUUUCCUCAGUCUUGUACUCCCUGUUGCAGGGAGACUUACAUUUUCUCAGCCCUGGAUAUGCAAUAUAUAUUGUGUCUGGAAAAAUAUGACCUAUCCACAUAGUCCCUUCCAACUCUACGAUUCUGUGACAGCCCAUUUAUUGUUAUCUAGAAGAGAGUUGUGCACCAAUGAAGCAAGCAGCCACUGGCUAUUGCCUUGGAUAUGUAAAGUCGUGGGGAGCAUCAUUUCUGAGCUCUUCUGUGUCUUAAUUAGGGUUCUUAAAAUAUAUUUAUGCUUUAAAGGCAUAAAAAAAAAAAGAAGAAGCAAGCAUCAGCAAGACUGCCCUAUCCCAGCAGUGUUCCUCCACUUUGGGAUUCUGUAACUUUAACAUAAACCAAUAAAGUAAGAUAGUUAUCUGAAGUCUGCGUCUUCUCCCAUUCUGUCACAGGAUCACAUAUCUACUCUGAAAAUGUGUAAAGUGUUAGGGUAGCUCUGCUUAUAGGCCACAUUUCCACAUAAGGCCUUCAAAGCCACUUACAGACUAAAAACAAACUUGGAAAAACACAGGAAAAAUAUUUAUUUUAUAACAAGACUGGUCCCCCCCAACUUUUUAAUGUGGAUAUUCUGUUGCAGAAAAAGAUUAGUUUUUUAGCACCUUAAAAAUUAGUCCAUGAAUCUUUGGUGGCAUAAGCUUUUGUCGCAAGAUGACUCUGUGCUCACUGCUGCCUUGUGGCUGCACUUCCUAACCAUUUUGAUCACCCUCUAGAAUUAGCAUGUCUCCUUUAGAACAUUGCAGCAUUUUAGAUUAGCUGCAUUAUGCAGAAAUACUUUUUUUUAAAUGACAUUUAGAAACCUGCAACCCAGCCCUACCCUCAUUACUGAUUGUUCAGUUAGGUGGGUUAUUAAAAAUUGUUCAUACAAUUCCCCACCUUCUAGGUAAUGAGGAGACUAUUUGGAUGCAUGUUGAUGCAGCCUAUGCUGGGAGCUCAUUCAUCUGCCCCGAAUUCCGCCACCUUCUCAAUGGAGUGGAGGUAAGCAAUAGUAAUGAAAACUCAAAAUGAAAUCCAGGCAGAAUCAUUAGCUGCUAAUAACCUGAUUUUACAACUUUUAUCUUCAUGCACAUGUCUGAUGCAGUGGAAGAAUGGGUGGCUUGGCAAGGUUUUGCUUCCGUAUUUUUCUCUUCCUUAUGCAGCUAAAAAUACCCUGGUAUUCUGCCUCCCAGCCUCUAUGUAUGGCGGGCAGUUAAGAUCACACCUUCCUGCCCUGGUGCACCUGUUCUGCCCGUACCUUGGGGUCCUUUCCCUUUCCCUUUAUGAGCAUAUUGGUAAAGUCCAGAGUACACACACCUGAAUUAUGCAGCUUUGUUAUUUGAGGUCUAAGCAUAUUGGAUUUUGUGUAUCUACAACCUAUUCAAACAUUAUAUCAUUGUGUUAACACCUGGUAAUCUUGGAGGGUGAACAGGGAAGGGGGGGGCAAACAUUCACUCCAAGUCCAACAACCUCUCAACUGUAGCUGAUGCUCUUCUUAAAGCUGGAAGAAACAAAUUAAAAUUUCCAAAGGCUCCUUUAGACGUGGUCUUGGUCAGUUGCAUAGGGGCUCUGGAAUAUCUCCUAGAAGUACAAUUUGUAGAGGGUGCGUGCAGUCCCUAUUGCUGCUUAGCUACACAUGGCACCUGCAAGGGAGCCAAAGAGCUUGCAAACUACAUUUUAACAGAUGGGGGGGGGGAAUGAGAGGAGGGCCGAGAAGUAAAGGAAAAGUGUGUGAAACAGACAUUGACUGAUUUGAGACAGCGGCUGGAUUACUGGCUUGGGUAGAAGAAGCCGCCGUUGUCAGCUCUGAGCCUGUUGAACUCAGUUGCUGACGCUUAUUCUGCCUUUUUGCUAUCACCGCCUGCCACUUCUUAGCUACCACUGUAAUUGUUGCAAAUAAAGAGACUGGCAGAAAAGCAAAGGAAGACUUUCCCUGGCCUCUUGCUGGACUGUCUCCUCUGAACCUCCCUUUGCCUGGAGAAGGGAGAUGGGGAAGGUUGCCUUUCCAUCCUGAGUAGCUAUGGAAAUAUUUUCAAGCAAUUAUCUGAAACAACAUGAUCAUUUAGUGACCGCUUUCCUCAUCUGCAUCUGUUUUGAAAACCACAGGAGAAUACAUUCCAAAUGCAGAACGGGGAAACUGAAUAGUAUGUGCAGAAUCACCAAAGGACAUUCUGUUUCACGUACUGUAUAAAUGAUAGGUGACUUUUCAUUUUUCCAGUAAUGCUGGGCUGCUUUUCAUGUGCAUCCUUAGAUAAGGGCAAUGCAAUUUCCUGAGUCUCUUUCCAGACUGCCAGAUAAACUCCUGGUCUUCCUUGACAUUAAAGGGGGGAAAAUAUUACUGUUUGCUGAAUGUACCUAAAUAAUGCCAAUGUGUAAGAGCUAAUAAAUGAAAAGAAGCAAAAAAGCCCUAGCCAAUAAAGCACCCUCCUUUCUCGUUUUUAUCAGCAAAGCUUGCUGUAAUUUCCUGUGCAGGUUUCACUGGCUCCUGAAGGAAAUGAAUCAUCACUUCCAUGGUGUUUCAAGCGUCAGUGUGGCAACCAUUCAACAAGUCUAAAUAGAUGCCCUCCCUCUAGCCAUAUGGCCUCCCUCCCCCCCCCUCACAAUACUGCUUCACAAAAGGCCUGUAUGCAAAUGGAGACACUGAUGCCACUGGGUUGCAACUGGCUAAAACAGAGAUAUCCUGGUGUUGCAAAGCACCGUACCAUUUUUUUCUUCAUAUACUUUCAGAAACCACAAAAUCAACCUACAUUAUUAUUUGUUAACUUUGCAGAAUGGAUAGUUUCUUUCAGCUUCCUUUGCUACAUGUGGAAAUCCUUGAAGGGGGGAGAGAGAGCUGCAACUCUGUUGGUCCUGGUGGCUCACUAAGGCAGGAGGGACCCUGCGGCUGGCAGCCAGAGGCUGGAGUGGGUGGCAGGGAUGCAGGUGAUGGUGGCAGGGGCACAUCGGAGCACCCUUUUCUUCUGACCCAAUUGCAGCAGUGUUGUUAGGGGACUUGAGAUCAGGAGGGUGACAAAAGUGGGAAGGGAGAGGAAGAGGUGGGGCGAGUGGAGGAUUUCAUCUUGGAAAGUGCUGCUUCUUUUGCUUCCAGCACAAGCUUUCUUCCUUCCUGCCCAGGGCCUGCCUCUCCUUGCCACCUGGCCCCUGACAGCCCCAGAUCAUUCUGGGUGCCGUGACCCAACCUGAGGUGAUCCAGGAUUGUCUCCACCUAAGUCAGGCAAAACCCGGAUCCCCACAGAUUGGCCUGAUUUGGUUCAGGAUUCAGCCUAAUCUGGUGCAUGGCGCCACAGAAUGCAUUGAAGUGUGGGAUAACAUGAAAACAUGUAUACUCAGCCCUGGAGCCUGCAUGCUGAGCAGGCCUUGCCCCCAAGCAAGGCAGAGACCUGGAAAGCUCUUCUUGUCUGGGUCUUCUUGGCACAGUAAGGACUUUUAAGCUCUCUGUUUUUCUCGUCAGGCAAAGCCUGCAUAACAUGCUGGCUCUGGAAGCUUGGGGGUGAUCACGAGAUCUCAGGGGAACUCGGACAUCUCUGAGAGAUCUUGCGAGAGCAUCCCAGAACUGGUGCACUGCAUGGAGAGCUUAAAAUCUCUCUCUGCACUGGGAAAACUUUCAACUUGUGCAAUUUCAACCAUUUUUCUCCAUGGUUGUUCCCCAAAUCCAGAAGUGCAGAGCAAAUUCCUAAUUUCUUAAGCUUCUCCCCUAGAUCUCCGCUUUGAUGGAUAUGAAGUAUAUUGUGCAAGGUUGGAAUUCCACAAGUUAAAUGCACAUAAGAAGUGAUUGUAUUGUACUUUGAAACUGAUGAAUAGAAUCAUAAAUAAAACCUUCAGAAUAUGAAGAGGGCUUCACCAACCCAUCAACCAAAACCUCUUAAUAAGGGAGUUGUUCUUCAAAAUCCCCGUCUGUGAAUGCUACUGUUGAAUUUCACCAGAAUUCUCUAAUUGAUGAAAGCACCUCACAGACACACUGGGAAAUCUGUCAAGGCUGUCAAGUUAGAAAUAUUGACCUGGUGGUUGUAAUCAUUUUCCUGAUUUUUUUUUUUUUAAUCCUUUCAGUUUGCAGAUUCAUUUAACUUCAACCCACACAAAUGGCUCUUAGUAAAUUUUGACUGUUCUACCAUGUGGUAAGUAUGAAGUGCAAAAAUGAAGAGUUUGCAUGUAAUGUUAAAGCAUUAUUUAAUGAACAAACCUUUGGCUCAAGCCAUAAGAUAUUCUGCAGAUAAUCAAAGUAACUAAGCUAAGUGGUUCAGCCAGAUCCCAUUUCUUACUCCUGGUUAACAUCACAAUGUAAUGUGAUGUGUGGACCAGGGCUGUGAAUGCACUACUCCUUUAAAACACAUUCUAAACACAUCUUCCUCUCAAAUAAUUCUAGGACUGGAGUUUGUUUAGGGUUGCUUGGAAUUGUGACUCUGUGAGAGGUAAACUACAGUGCCCAGAAUUCUCUGAGGGAAAUAACUUGCUUUGAAUGUGCUUCAGAUGUAUAGCAUUUACAUAGCUAUUCCUCGUCUCUGUUUCUUCCAAGACAGUUUUUAAGUUCUUUUGAAGAAAUGUGGUAGCGGUGAUGUUAGUGCUAUUAGUUUAAUGAAAUUACUUAGGGGCAGCGAACAUAUCGUGGGGCAUUGUGCUACCAAGGUUUAUUACACUUGAAAUGAAUUUGAAAGGAAAUCUAGGAAAUGUAUAUGCUAGUUGCAGAUACAAAGUAGUUGAAAAAAUGAUGUUUCAUUAGGUUAAAUUCUACGUUAAUCAAAUCCGAGACAAGAACAAAGCAUCUGGUGUCUACAUGACUUGCAUAUGAAUUGGGCCCUUCCAUUUCACAUAAAUUAAUGAGGGGUCAAAUUUUAAUCUGCAAUCAAAGCUUUUAUAUAUUUUACUCAUGACAGAAGUAGCUGGUAAUGCAAUGGCAAAUAAUCCAAAGUCAAUAUUUUUUCAGGGUGAAGAAGAGAACAGAUUUAACCUGUGCCUUUAAAAUAGAUCCUGUUUAUCUGAAGCAUGACCAUCAAGAAUCAGGUAAAGUGUUUUAUCUUUUCCCUAACUUGAAAAUAGUUUUUGGCUGUCAAAGUUUGUUUCAGUUUAGAUACUUUCAGCACAGUAUUUCAAAAUGGUAAGAGUUUCCCAGUGGCGUAUCGUGGGUUGUCAGCACCCGGGGCAAGGCGAGUAAUUUGUGCCCCCUAACCCGUGGAUUUUAGCGCUGCGAGUGUGAGCGUGCCCCCCCCCAGAUGGUGCGGCUGGCCCCCCCUGCACCCCCCACGCUACGCCACUGGAGUUUCCCAUUUUUUCUUCAAAACAUGUGUUAGCCAAGUAUGUAAAUCAAGUUUACAUGAGUUCAGAAAAUUGCCUGAUUUUACAAGUGUCCAAAGAAAUGGACAAAGGAGGGGAACAACUCUCUGAUUUUGUGUUCAGUCAAUAAUGAGGAUUAAAAUGACCACUGCCACUUUUGAAAGAAUGCAGAAGAUGUUUGUGGUGCAUAAAAGGGUGGAUAGGGUAUGUUAAGGGAGAAGUGAAGCGAUGAAUAUUUUGAUUCUGAGAGUACAUUAGAGGGGGAUAUGUUUUGUUGCAAACUGUAGGACUCUCUUGAGCAGCCAGGCAGCUCAAUUGCCCAAUUGCUCAUUGUUCCGGUCAGGUUUGAUUGCCUGUUGUUGAGAGAAUGAAGCCUGGAAUCAGCCCCCUGCCCAGGUGGUGAGUGAUUGCACAACAGAAAGUAGGGGGGAAAUCUUGUUGGGGUGAGGUACUGCACAUGCAGCUCCUGUUGCUAGGUGAGGAACAAUUGCCAGGAUAGCAAUGAGGAACAGUAGGCCUCAUAUUUUAUUUUUGUUUUAGUUAUGAUUUAUGAUUUUCAUUUAUAUACAUUUCACAUAGUUUAAUAAUCAUCCUAACUGUUCAAAACUUGACUUCCUUCCUCCUCUUUCUGUGGUUCCUUAAAUUUAUUUUUUUACAUUUCCUGCAUAUUCUAACUUAACUUAUUCUUUUAUUUAUCUACUUUAAAUAUAUACUCUUAUGAAACUACAGGUUAUUACAAUAAUCCUGCUAAUGUCCUUAUCUGUUUACGGUAGGCCUCAUAUUUUUGCUCAUUCUCUUUCUGUAGCAUUUCCCCCCCCCCCCCCAUGAACAAGUCUAUUGCCUUCACAGCAGCUUCAGUCCAUUUCAGUGAUGGCUAGAAUGAGCCAGCAGUGAUGUUUCCAACAUCUUUCUUGAAGCAUUUCAGCUCAGGGAUGGGCAGAAGGUAGACCCUGAGACACUAGUGGAGCAGCUACUGUUUGCCUGUGCCUGGGAUUCUUGCAAGAAAUGCUAGAUUCAGGUUCCUUUCAUCCUAGAACCCUUUAGUGCUGCUAAAGUGUGGCUUUUCUGAACUCAGCUGGAAGCAGGAUUAAAAUGAGGACUCCACUCAAACACUUAAUACUGUUAUAGAUUUGGGGGGACCCUUCCUAAACCUUAUAAAUUAAUAAAUGGUAGGAUUUUGGUUACUUGGAAUAUGGAUGAAAGUAUAAGCUGCAGAACUGUGUCAGAUAAGGAAUCCCUGGGCUGGCUUAUGCAAACCAGCCUGGCUGGCCUAGCAAAGAGCAAAUCUAUUAACAUGACAAAAGGUGUUGACAGACCAUCUGAGAAGAAUCCUUUGGCCUGGGAAGACAGAUGUUGCCAAGGUGAUGGUGUGUGUGUGUGUUUGAGAUGACAGAAAACGGAGAGUCUUGAGCAAGGGUUGCUGGGAAGAAGAAGGAGGAGGAAGAAAAAAAGACCAGUGUGAAUCUACACUGGUUGGUUAUAACAUUAAAAAUGCAUUAUAGAAAUGUAAUUCCAGAGGGUGCUGUAGAGCAGCAACCCAUUGGCAAUGGGAAAUUGCAUUGAGAGCUAUAUAAUGUUUUUUUAAAAUAGCCUUUAAUAGCGUUUUUACAGAUCAGUGUAGAUCCAGCCUUAGAUCCAUCUUGGGCAGGCUGGCUGCAGAGAUGACUGGGAAAUGCCUUGGACUGCAGGGUUGUGCUGCUGUGGGGACAAGCCCCUCUUGAAAUGACCAUGCCGUAAGGUCUGGACUCCCUCCAUGCAGACCGAAGGUGUAAAUAGGUGAAUAAACUAUAUUUCUUAAAGCUAAGACAGUCUCUGUCAUGUCUCAAUUCUCCAAAGGAACACAGAUGCUGGGUGAUUGCCUGGAACACGCUGGAAUCUUGCUGUCACUCAGCAGAGAGUGCGGGUGCACCCAUCUUUUGUAACAAUAAGUUGUCAUAUUACCCAACAACUUUACUUGUUACUUAUUUACAGAGGGGAGGCUUUAAUAGCUAAUUCCCACUGGUAAUUUCUUAGUUGUGAAGUAGUUUCAUUUUUUAGUUGUGAAGUAGUCUCAUUUUACUAUGAAACAAAUGGAGUAAUAAUAAUGGCAAUAAUGAAAGGAAACUGGGAAUUAAUCCUACCCCUUUGGGAACAGAAGCUAACACUGGGGAAAUUAAAAAUGGCUACUUGAAGGAUAAUUAAUAGGCCAUUAGUUACUAAUCCUCUGAUCAAACUGAUCAGGAAGCAAUGAAACAAGAAGUGCUGAAUUCAGGACACAGAAGCCUUUCAGAGUUUCACUCGUGUUCUCCUGACCAUACACAGGAAUUGCUUUAGAUUAGGCAUGAAAAACACAGGAGGAUAGCGCAAAACCCUCUGGAAUGUAAGAGGAGGAAAGUGGCAUCAACUGGGUGCUUCAUAAAAACUGAGCGGACAAAAGAUGACAACUCCAAAGAAAAGGAUUGCUGUAGACGCAGCCGACAUGAACGCUGGGCUCUCAAAGGGUCUUCUGAUGUUCUUAAGUGGGAAUGAAAAUUUGGGAUCCUAGUAUAGAUUAGUUAUGACUUGACGGUUCUGGGAUUUCAAGUCUGCACCUUGUAAAUUUGAAUCGGGUUCAGAGGACUAUGGGGGUUUGGGAGUUCCAGUAAAAGCUAAGUAGGCCAUGCAAAACGGAAACCAGUCUGUUCCAGGUUGAGCUCACUAGAUAUGCUGACCAGCCAUUUCAUUGAUGGUUAUCUGUGCAGCAGGGCAUUUAUUGCGCAGGCUCUCAGAGAACCAGCUAUUAGUUGUCUUGAAUAACAAAAUCACUUGCAAUUUGAUGGUUAAUUUCCUCUUAACAAGUCUUAAUGAAAAUGUUAAAAAGCCCAGCACCAGAGCCCAGCCUCAAGGCACGGCUGCCUAGCUUCCCCCAUAUGAUAACUGAUUCUCCCCCUUCUGCUUCACUGCCAAAGGCUAAUCUAAAGUAUAUUUGCCUUUUUCUGUCCAGUGCUUGGCAAUAAUUAUAAUAAGGUGUGUCAUUUACAUUAUUUUAAUCUAAGAGCUGGAUUCAACUCACUUUGGGGUUUUUGGUGGACCCGCUAAGUGUGGAUGACACAGAACAGCUGUAGGCUUUCUGGAGUGAGAGGAAGGACUGGCCGUCUCAUUGCUGGACAUGAUUCUGAAGUUUACAACAUUUAUUGUCUUUAAGAAGGAUAUUGACAAGCUGGAAGGGUGUGCAAAGGAGGGCGACCAAGAUGGUCAAGUGUCUGGAAACCAAGCCUUUGUGUUUUUGUGUGAAUUUCUCUUAAAACUGCAUACAAAAAUGUGUUUAUUAAUGAAGGUAUACGUUUUUGCAAGCAAUUUCUCCCAAUUCUGGCAUUGUUUGCCUACUCUUUUCACUAUUAUAUUCCUUUUUAGGCACAUUUUAUUCUAACCUGCAUUUUUUAAAAAGACUCUUUGGAUAGAGAACUGCAGUGAAAAAAUUGGAUAAGUGUGAAUUUUGAAGGAUGGCUCUGUUUUGGUUCUUACAUUGCUUUGGAAUGUGUAGAUUUGAUAAAUUGAGCUUUACAUGCAAAAAUAAUCAAAUUUCUUCCCCACCUCAAAGUCCACCUCAUGUCAAUCUAUUUUUGUAAAAUGUAUUGCCUUUCCCUUCUUUCAUGUAAAAUUUUCAGAAUUGUGCUUAAUGCUUUUUAGUACCUUCCAUUCACAGUUUAUUCAUUUUCUUUGUACCAUAAAGCUUAAAAUAGAUAUUCCUCAGCCCUGACAGAGACAUUUGACUAGCCUCUUAGUUCUCCUCUUCAGCUGAAAUGAAGCCUUCGCACUUGCAGUUGCUCCCACUUCUUUUGCUGGCCUUUCUCUCUCUCUCUCUCUCUCUCUCCCUCUCUUGCUCCCCCUUUUUGCCUAAAUUUAGACUGCAUGUUCCUUAAAGGAAGCACCAUCUUGGUUUACAGAAAGUGCCCUGAGCACUUACUGCUGCUAUAAAAAUACACCAUGGAGCCAGAUGGACCAGUAGCCAUGCAAUAAAGAUAUUUUAUAGGAAAAUUAAUUAAGAACCCCCAAAUUUGAGAUUAUCUCCAAACCUGUGGCAAAGUUUUGCAGUUUUUUGCAGCAUUUUGCAGGGGAAACCCCUCAUUUUGCAGCGCCGCACAAAUUGAGCAAAUGAUCCCUCAAACACAGGGUUCAUAUUUAACAACAAAUCUCCAAAUUUGGGAUCCAACUGCAACAGUUUGGCACUGGCUUGGGGGGGAUCCCAAAUUUGGGGGUUCAUAGUUUAUGGGGCAAUGUUUUAUAUUUUUGGAACAAACCCUGAGCUCCUGGAAUAGACCCUCCCAUUUCCCUAGGGAAAGGGUUAUCAAUCAGUUGAUCCUCGCCUCUUCCAUAACAGCUUCUUUUGAAAGUACUCUUUGCUGGGAAAGUAACACAAAACCAGGAAAGCUUCUUUGAAGCGGCAACAGGAGCCUAAUUGAAUUCUAGGUGCAACUGGAGGGCUACAGCUGGCAAAGUUGACAUAAUGAAAGCCAUUGCCCCAGAAGGUAAACCAAAGUGGGGUGGAUUUGUUGUUGCUUUUUUUUUUUGUCUGUCUGCUUGUACGGUGUACUUCCAUAAUUGCCAAGCAACUCUGUACUGGAGGGAAAAAUCCAUAUUUUGUCUGAUGCUGUAAUUUUGUGUCAAUUUGCAUUCUCGAAUCAAGGAUUGUUUUUGACUUCCUGGCAGCCAAAGGAUGUCAGUCGGGUGGCAGCGAGGGAGGGAUUCGCCUUUAUGCUGUAUGAUAAAUGCCCCAUAUGCAGCCUUAAUUGCGCUCAUCUGGGCUGCAUAGAGCUGUGCGAGUGAGACUUAUAAUCAUGGUGACAAGGGCUAAUAGCUGGUGGCAUUACGCUUGUUUCUGAGAGGUUGCUAGUAGAUCAUUAGGCACAUGGCCAGUUACGGCAACAUGGAAUUAGUUAUCCAUCCCCAGUUGCUUCAGACGUUUGCUCAAGCCCUGCAACCAUUAAAUUGACAUCACCAGUGAGAUAGAAAAACAUGUUUUUUUCUGCUGCUUAUCUGGAGUUCUGCUUCAUUAGAUGAAAUAUCUAUCAAUCCAAUCCUGUAUACCAUAUACACACACAGUUUUACUUCUAUCGAUGUCCAAAUGUUUUUAAUGGUUAUUUAUUCCCUUUGUUUUUAGCUGUUCUUAUUUUUAUCUGUAAACCGCCUUGAGUCUCUCGCCCCUCCCUUGCUGCUAUUAGGCUUUAAAGAUAAUCUUUGAGCCAAUAAGCGGUUUGUUUGUUUUUAAGCCUAAAGGCAGUAGGGGGUGGGGGUGGGGGUUUGGUAGGGGGAGUGAGAGCUGGAAAGGGAAAGCUUAACCUCAGCUGUAAGUGUUCUUCCCCCAACAUGCCUCCUCCCACACUUAGAUUUGAGAAAAUCCCCUAAUGCAAAGUCAUAGCUAUUUUUUGGGGGGGGGGAGGGCUAGCCGGUAUUUUUUUGCCCCGGGUGAAGCCUCCAGAGGGGGUGUCAUUGAGGCUCCCAGCCUGUGUGUGUGUGUGUGUGUGUGUGUGUGUGUGCAAAUGCUUGUGCCAAACUGGGCCUUUGACCCGGGUGAAAUAAAGUUGGUUUCCCCCCUGCCUUAUGGAGCCAAGUAGGAGUUUCUCCCCCCCCCCAAGCCUAACCACAGAGCUGGGGGCAUUUUCAGUAGAGGAUCACAGCUGUGACCCCCCUCCCACAAUGGUUCUCUUUACAUCACAUCCAGCGUGGGAAAGGGACAUUUUUAAAAAGCCUAAUUGCAGCAUUGGGAGGAGGAAGGCAGGUGGGGAGACCCCACGGGUGGCCAGUGGCCUGGCAGUUCCACCCCCCCCUGAAUUCUAGGUUCAUGGAGGGGAGGGACGGGUGCCCUGCAAUAUAUUUAUAUUGUUACAGAAGUUGGACGCCACAACCACUCUCUGCUGAGAGGUUUCAAGGAUUCGACUUCCCACAGUAUCAUAAUAUGACAUUGUAGUUGUGAAUGUGUGUUUAUAUAAUAUUACAUUAUAUGUCUUUCUCCCCACCAACAUACAGGACUUAUUACAGAUUAUAGGGUAAGUACAGAACAUUAUUUCAUCACAAUAUUUUCAUUUCUCACUUGUGUUGGAAUGCUUCAGGAGAGAAAAGCGAUGUUCAUUAUCCACCUAUCUGUGUGCUGACCCUUAAGAACUCUGGGAUCGGCCACCAUAUUUGGCUUCUGGAGCAUUUUACUAUGAAAUCUGUAAAGGUUUGGGCAGUUUCCUCUGGUGCAGAUUCUGUUCUGUAUCAAAAAUAAUCGUAUUCGAUCUCUCCUCCAGCACUGGCAGAUCCCCUUAGGCCGUCGGUUCCGUUCCUUGAAGAUGUGGUUUGUGUUUCGGAUGUAUGGAGUGAAAGGACUGCAAGAGUAUAUCCGCAAGGUGAAUGCAUUUUAUUUUACCACUGAAUACUCGAAGGGCAAGAAAAGAGGAGAGGGAGCUUUACAGAUGAACACAGGCUUUUUUCGAAUCUCAUUUCUCCUUUUUUGAUAGAUGUACAAGCUUGGUGGAUCAGGGGGAUGUUGUAGAUGUAAUGUAUCUUGAUUUCCAUAAGGCUUUUGACAAAGUCCCCCAUGAUCUUCUUCUGGAAAAGCAGGCACAAUAUGGACUAGGUGAGAUAACUGUGAGGUGGAUUUGUAGCUGGUUGACUGAGAGAACCCAAAGAGAGCUCACUAACGGUUCCUCUUCAUCCUGCUGAAGUCCCCCAGAACCAGCAUUCCGGGAGUCCCCAACACCACCUCCGAGACCAGCUCUGUCACCUCAGGCAGGGAGACUGCUGGGCAGCAAGGGAGCAGUAAACCAGAAGAAUCCCUUGGCCAUCCCGAUUGCCCAAUGCCAGGAACACAGACUCUAGAUUCCACCCCCAACUGGACAGAGAGACUGGAGAGGGAGGGGGAGAGAGAGAAUCUCUAUAGACCACAACAGUUCCACCUCCCAGACCCUCAAGUCUGCCCUGAUGCCACACUGAGUACCCAGGUGGGUACAGCUGGGUGAGACCAGCCCCACUCUGUUCACCCACCAGGUCUCAGUGAUGUCAAGGAUGAGAGAGGUCUUACUCCAAGCCAACCGGGCAUUCAACAACAGUAGCUGCAGUCCCGAGGGCUGGCUGAUAGAACAACCACAGUUCCCCAGGCUGGAACAGGGGCUGGCAAACAGCACAAUCACCAACUGCUUGUGCCCCUUACCUGGCCUGCCCCCCAUCUCCCCCUGCCCUGAACUACUGCAAUUGCCCCAGCUGCACAUUCUUCAGAGUAAACAACACCCACCCUGAAUUUAAAACACUCAAGUUAAAAACAAUUACAGCAGUUAAAACAAUUUAAAACUACAGUCUGCCAGGGCCCCACCCUCACAGGAGAGGGAGCAGGAGCCGCAAGACUUGAGUCCUCGCUGCCGUCUCUUCCAGCUACAGUCUUACGGCCGAGGCGGCUCCACUUCUUGCACUGCUAUGAUCUUUGGGCCUCCUCUGCAGACCCCUGCUCUUCUAGGUGUGAUGUAAGGGACCUGCAGGCACGGAGCAGGUCCACAAAAUUCCUAUUAAAAUAAAAACAAAAAAACCCCAGGAACGAUUCUGAAGGGCCCACACACAGCAAACUUUUCGGCAGUUUUGAUAUUUAAUUUGUAAGUGGCAAUACUUUUUAAAGGCAACAUCUGUGUUCAUAAGCUUAGAAAUUAGAUGCCGCUGAAGAAAACAGGAGUGGCUUCUGAGUAAAUCUACACAGGUCUGGGCUGUAAAGUAUCUUGUUGCAGCGCAGAGGAAGAACUUCAGUUCAGCAUUGUAAGAGCCAAAGCUCUUGGCGCCUCCCAGUGGUUUUAUUAAGUACUACUUGUUAUAUAGAUUAAUACUGUAAUUAUAAUAGAUUUACAAUUUAAAACUUCAGCGAACUAUUAUUUUCCUGUAGAACAGCUGCUCUAAUGCAAGGAAAGUCCCACAUUUUAAUCUAGUUUCUCCUUUGUAGUUUAAUAACAUAAAAGCUAUGCAGAGGCCAUUUGAGGUUUUGAGGAGCAAUUUGGAAUUCCCACCCACCCACCCAAUUGAUACCGUGCUCCAGAUUAGUCUAUCAGUUCUAACUUUCUGGAACAAAUUAAAUAUAGUGAAAAGGUUGCCACACUGAGUGAGAACUUACCUUCAGCAUAUGAACCUGCUAAACAACAUAGAAUCAAAGAAUUGUAGAGUUUGGAAGGCACCCUGAGGGUCAUCUAGUCCAACCCCUGCAAUGCAGGAACAUACUAAUAACCACAUGGUACAGAAUAUAUUCACAACACACACACACACACACACACACAGAGUCCUUUUUUCUGGGGGGACGCAGGGAUGUUCAUACCCCUAAACAUUUUGUGAAUCUUUGUCCUUUUGUCCAUUUACUGUAUUUAUUUCCCCCAAUUUGAACUAUAAAAUUGUGAUUUUCUUGAGUCAAAAUGAGAGUACCCCUAAACAUUUUUAAAGAAAAAAGCACUGCACACACACACACAGAGAGAGAGAGAGAGAGAGAAGACAAUUAGUUUUGUAUCUUGUAGACAUUUCCAUAUCCUGUGCUCAACAGAUUCCACUGAAAUCUUCCUGUGAAAAGUGAGAUCCAGUUUCCAUAUCCUGACAUUGUAGCUACUGCUUCCAAGGAUGCAUUCAUGCGUGACAGAGUCUGUGCAAAGACUUCUGCAGAUGCGAUUCUUCUAAAAAUGUGUCUAGCCCAGGGUGGUCCAAACAGCAGCCCACGGCCCACAUACAGCCCAAGAGGCAUUUUUUUUGGCAGCCCUCAGCAACAUUCAAGAAAAUAAUAUUAAAGCCUUACUGGAGGGUGGGGAUAGGAUUAGAUAGCUAGAAAAAGUUGGUGGCAAGGAAACACAUAGGCACAAAAGGAGAAUUCCUGGAUGCUAAAAUCCAAGUUUGGGGCAAGUGAGAGAACUCCAGCAGAGAUUUAAAAUCACAAAAUAUGCAGCAAAGUAAAACCUGAAGUAUAGGCUCUUGGACUUUUAAAAUAUGCUUUCCUAAGUUCCUUCCAAAGUUUCCUUCUUCACCUAACAUAGAAAAAGUAUACACAUUUGGUAAGUUAAAAGUGGUUUACUUACAAACUCUUUGAAGGUCAUGUUCAUGUACUUUUCCACACAGCAUUCAGAAAAAGUUGCAUAGGCAGUAAAACUUAGUUUAGCUCCAAAGUGGUGAAAGUUCCUAAAUUAUUGUUAUAGGAACUCAAGAGAGGCUUGUUAGAGGCAUGCGGUCUGAGAUUGGUGCAACCAGCUCAGACCUCACAUGUUACGCUUCUCAGGUAGACUGAAAUAUAAUAAUAGGCUUCCUCCCAAGGUUAGGGGGAGUGACUUAGCUAAGCCUGGCAGGACAGCUUACUCUAUGGUAUUAACUCCAGAAUAAGAAUAAGAAUAAGAAUAAGAAUAAGAAUAAGAAUAAUUUUAUACCCCAUCCAUCCAGACGGGUCUCCCCAGCCACUCUGGGCGGCUUCCAACAGAAUAUUAAAAACACAAUAAAACGUCAAACAUUAAAAACUUCUCUAAACAGAGCUGCCUUCAGAUGUCUUCUAAAAGUGAGAUAGAUAUAAACAAACAAACAAACAAACAAACAAACAAAUAAAUAAAUAAAUUGUCCAGUAGCACCUUAGAGACCAACUAAGUUUGUUCUGGGUAUAAGCUGAGAACAAACUUAGUGUGCUACUGGACAAUUUUUUAAAAAAAAUUAUUUUGACUGCAUCAGACCAACACGGCUACCUACGUGAAUCCAAAAGUCAGAUAGUUGUUUAUUUCCUUGACAUCUGAUGGGAGGGUGUUCCACAGGGCGGGCGCCACUACCGAGAAGGCCCUCUGCCUGGUUCCCUGUAACUUGGCUUCUCACAGUGAGGGAACCGCCAGAAGGCCCUUGGAGCUGGACCUCAGUGUCCGGGCAGAACGAUGGGAGUGGAGAUGCUCCUUCAGGCAUACUGGGCCAAGGCCAUUUAGGGCUUGAAAGGUCAGCACCAACACUUUGAAUUGUGCUCGGAAACGACAAACUGCUCUAACCAGCUUGUGGAGACUAUCAGAGGUCACAAAGAGAAAGGAAAAAUAUAUGAAAAUAACAACAAGAGAUGUGGAAAAACAAUAAGAAAGGACUGGCUAGUACUGUGACAUCAUAAGGUUAGAUUUGUGGACAUUAAAACAGCAGCAAGAAGCAAGAAGUUGAUUGGAUCCCCUUCAGAACUUGAAAUAUGGGUACCCCCAACAAAAUUUUAAAAUUCGGCUGUGUAAUUUGGAAUUUAUGUAAUUUGGUUUGAUUUGAUGUGAUUGGUCGGUUAAUAAAAAAUUAUUCUUAAAAGAAUUGUGCUCGGAAACGUAUUGGGAGCCAAUGUAGGUCUUUCAGGACUAGUGUAAUAUGGUCUUGGCAGCCACUCCCAGUCACCAGUCUAGCUGCCACAUUCUGGAUUAGUUGUAGUUUCCGGGUCACCUUCAAAGGUAGCCCCACAUAGAGCGCAUGGCAGUAGUCCAAGCGGGAGAUAACCAGAGCAUGCACCACUCUGGCGAGACAGUCUGCGGGCAGGGAGGGUCUCAGCCUGAAUACCAGAUGGAGCUGGUAGACAGCUGCCCUGGAAACAGAAUUGACUUGCGCCUCCAUGGACAGCUGUGAGUCCAAAAUGACUCCCAGGCUGCGCACCUGGUCCUUCAGGGGCACAGUUACCCCAUUCAGGACCAGGGAGUCCUCCACACCUGCCCACCCCCUGUCCCCCCAAAACAGUACUUCUGUCUUGUCAGGAUUCUGUUUGCUGCCAACCUCCUCCAGACACUCACACAAGAGAAUCACUGCCUUCACUGGUUCUGAUUUAAAAGAGAGGUAGAGCUGGAUAUCAUCCGCAUACUGAUGAACCCUGCCCCACCUGAUGAUCUCUCCCAGUGGCUUCAUGUAGAUGUUAAAAAGCAUGGGGGAGAGGACAGAACCCCGAGGCACCCCACAAGUGAGAGCCUAGGGGUCUGAAGACUCAUCCCCAACACCACUUUCUGAACACGGCCCAGAAGGAAGGAGCAGAACCACUGAAUAACAGUGCCCCCAGCUCCCAGCCCCUCAAGACGGUCCAGAAGGAUGUUAUGGUCGAUGGUAUCAAACGCCGCUGAGAGAUCCAGCAGAACUAGGAAACAGCUCUCACCUUUGUCCCUAGCCCACCGGAGAUCAUCGACCAGUAUGACCAAGGCAGUUUCAGUCCCAUGUUGAGGCCUGAAUCCCGAUUGGAAGGGAUCCAAAUGGUUCACAUCCUCCAGGCAUGCCUGGAUUUGUUCAGCAACCACCCGCUCAAUCACCUUCAUGCAUUCAUGAGACUUAAGCAUGUUGGUUAUAUGAAGUUGGUUAUCUCACAGAAAGAACGUCAGUUUUUUGGUUCUUCUGCUUCUGCUUCUUUUGAUGGAUUUUGUUUUAUAACUUUUCAUUAUCAUUUUAGCAUGUUAAGCUGGCACAUGAAUUUAAGGACUUGGUGUUGCAGGAUGAUCGAUUUGAGAUCUGUGCUGAUGUCAUUUUGGGACUGGUGUGCUUCCGACUAAAGGUAAACUUGCAGUAAUUUACAGCUCUCAUAUUAUUUGUUGCGAUUUAGAGGCCUCAAAUUUCAAAAGCCACAAUCUCCUAGUACUACUUUCUGGUGAUGACACUACUGUAAGACACAUUUUUGUAUGCCUCCCGCCCCCCGCCCCCCAGACACAUAUUUUCAAUGCAUUCCAACCAUAAAACAUGUGUUUUUUGUAUACAUUUUGUGCACCAAAACUGCAUUGCAAAAUCUGGAAACUGCAUUACCUGAUGAAGAGGUCUGAUCUGUAAUUAAGUUUGGGACCUUCAAAUUAGGUCACUCGGCUGUGAAAAGCAGAAUGAACAUUAAGCCUACCCUGGAAUGUAAUUUUAGCAUGCAGUUUUAACAUGGGAUUUUAGUAAGUAUAAAUGUUUUUAAAUGGCUGAUUAUAUAGGUAAACUUGUUUUUAAUGUGUGUUUUUAUUUUGUACUUUUAAUGAAUAUUUUAGGUUGCCUUUUGUAAACUGCUUAGGGGACUUUUGUCUGCAUAAGCGGUAUAUAAAUGUUGCUAAAAAUAAAUGUGGGUGUGGCUUACUCCAGAUUGAGUCAUGUAUCUGCAGGCUGAAGGUUGCCCACCUAAGAUGGUCCUGGCAGAGCUACCAGAAUGAGAGUGAGAUGUUAAUGACCACUCUUGCUUGUUUUAUCUUUAUUCUAGGGUACUAAUGAACUGAAUGAAGCACUACUUAGAAACAUAAACGAUUCCAGGAAGAUUCAUCUUGUUCCUUGUAACCUGAGAGGGAAAUUUGUGCUGCGUUUUGCAGUUUGCGCCCGCACAGUGGAGUCUGCCCAUGUUCAGUUUGCCUGGAAGCACAUUACGAAGUUGGCAGGGGAACUUCUAAAAGCACAGAAGCAGCAAGAUUAAUGGCUAAAAUUCACUUGAAGAUUUAAGGAAUUAGGAAGGACAAACUGUAGUGAUGAAUUAUUUCGCUUCUGGCAUGACUGAUGCAUGCAAAACUACCAUAAUCAAACUGUGCUGCUAUAACCCAAAUCCAGGAAGUAUGUAGAUAAAAACACCAAGCACUGCUUUGCUGGAUCAGUCCAAGUUCCUUAUGGUCCAGCAUUCUGUAUCCAAGAGCCCCAACCAGAUGCCUGUGAGGCCCCUCAAGCACAACACUGACAGCCGCCUCCUGUGGUUUGUUGCCAGUGUCUGGAAUGCAGAAGGAUCUACUGGUUCUGUACAUGGCAGUUCCAUUUAGGAAUCAUGGCUAAUAACAAUUUCUCACAAACCUUCCCUCUAUGCAUUUGGUCUAAAAGCGUGUGGGCCCCAGGUGGCAGGUGGAAUCAGUACGCAGGAAAAGCAGACAAGAUUAAAAUCUUUGUUUUUUUAAAAACUCCAUAAACAAUCAUUUUGUGAAGGGUAUGAGAGGAGGUAGUAAAGAAUAGAAAUGGUAUCAUAGCUGAUACUGUUCAGAUUGAAAAUCGAAAAUAUAUGGAAAACUUUUUGGGGGUUUGUGAAGCUCACUUAAUUGUUCCCUUUUCCAGACUAUUGAAUCACUCACUUUAUUUUUGAUAUUUUCAGAGUUGAGAAUUCCUGCGUAGUUUCCUAGGUUGUUUCAAGGUUGCUACCCUGAAGGAGCAAUCCUUGUUUCGGUGGACAGGCAACCUUGCCCAGCUCCUCUCGUAUACCUGAAUCACACCCAUCAUGGCAUAUCCUUGCUGCUUACGGCAGAAUGUUUGCCGUGUCUCUUGGUCCAAAAGAAAGAAAUAUCUAGUCUUUUUUCUUUGUUUGCUAGUUACCACAGCCUCCUUGGUUUUGUGAAAGGAACAAAACCUGGUGCAAAUUAACAGUUAGUUAUCACAGGAACACUUAUUGGAUAAACACAUCCUUUGGAAUCAUGUCGAAAAAUGUAUUUGCUAUUAUGGUAGUUUUGCUAGUAUUGGGCAAGCUGUUGAUGACACGUACAAAAUCCAAAUUAAGAAAGUAUUAAUAACACAGAUAUAUCUAACACCCUGAUUCUAAGUACAUUACAGUGAAGCAAGUUUAUUUCUGCGUAGCUUUCAUUGAAAUAUUGAUCUGGAUUGCUGUUGUAAUUCUCAAAUGUGCUUGUGUGUAUUGAUUCACAAUUCAGUAUCUGGGUAGGUACAGGCAACUCUCCAUUUGUGCGUGACUGGCAUGCACACGACCGCUGGCACACGCAUUGUUAUCGGCACCACAGGACAGGGACAGGGCGGGGGUGGAGCGGGGCAGCCUUGCGUGUGUCCCACUGAUGCACACGGUGCCUCAGAAUGCAACCGCUGCGUACAUGGGGAGUUGCCAAUGGCCACCUCAAGUUCUUCAGUAUUUAACUCUGAAUAACCGGCAAGCUUGGUUUGUGACUGUAUUUCUCUGACUUGCACGUGGGGCUAACUUGUUUUGAAUAGUCUGUCAUACAAAAGCUAUUUCCACAGAGAAAACUCUACACACACCCAUGGCGAGUAUACAAAUAGUUUAGAACCGUUCUUUUGGCAUCUAAUUUUCGAUGUGCAAAUAAUUAGUUUUCAAUCAUGUAAGACUUUGUCUAGAGUUGGAAGUUAUACAACCCAGAAACAAGAUUACCAUGUCAUUGAGAAGUAGGCCCUAGUUAAGCUAAGCAAUACACACAAUUAUGGUUAGUUUGCUUUUAAGUUUUUAUCACUAGAUGCAUCAAAACUCUAAUAAUUAGAAACCAGUAGGCCUGUGCCUUUGAUACCUGGCUUGCGCGGGGGGGGGGGGGUGUUGGUUGGUUGGUUGGGGGGCGCUGCUGUUGUUGAUGUUAUUUUUUGGAUCUUUAUUUUGGAUCUUAUGAUUUAUGUGGAAAUUGUUCAGUUUUUUCAUGCUUCAUUUAUUGUUUACGACUACUUUUGUUCUGUGUGUAGUUCUGUUAUUUUUUUUAUGUUGUAAGCUGCCUUGAGCAUGGUUUGAACUGUGGAAAGUCAGCAUACAAACAAAAUGGUUGAUCAAGUGAUUCACAGAAUUGUAGAACUGUAGAGUUGGACAGGAGCAAGGGGGUCCUCUAGUCCAGCCCAUGUGGGGCUGAACCCACAACCUUGAGAUUAAGAGUCUCAUGCUCUUCCAGCUGAGCUUGAUUGACAGCAUAUCCCAGAAUCCCCUCUGAAGGUUCAGGAAGCCUGCAGUGCAUCGCAAGCAAAAACAACAAACAUUUUGUUGUGUUCUAAUUCCCAUCUCUAGGUAAAUACAAGUUGUUAAAUAUUGGUAUUUUGGUUUGCUACAUUUUAAAAUCUGUAUAGUGCCUCACCUCCCUGUCUUACAGCGGAAACAUUAACACAUGGACACAAAGUCUGGCUACAUCGCCACUAUCAUUUCUGUACUGGUGUUAAGAAAUCACCAUAACCAAUAUAGUGGCAUUGAGGUGUGGCUGUUGGACGAGGGCAGGGAAGCUCAUCUCCCAGUCCCCAUUUGGCCAUGAACCACGUGCCCAAAGGUCAGUCGCUAUUUCUCAGUGAGGAUGAAAUGUGUCGUGUGCAGAAAUGGGUGGGAGAGAACUGAGCAUGUCUCCUUGAUGGGAAGCUAGGCUAGAAACAUAAUAAAUGAAUAAAAAGGCAUUUCAAGGGAGAACAUUUUCAUUACCAAAGACAUUUGUAUACUCCAGAUUGUAAAAGAAUAGUACUUGUACAACAAAUGGAUCUUUAAUAACCUAGAGCUAUUGUGGCAUUCCAGAUUUCACCAUCUAUCAUGGCUGAUAAUAUUAAUUGCCUGUGAACAUUUACUAGACAAAAGAAUAAACUGUUUCAUCUCUCUGAGGUCCUUUCUCAUCUUCUUUGCCCCACUGACAUACCAACAGAGUUUUAACAAUAAAACACAUUGAGCAUUUUCUUUAACCGCAAUUGAUACAGUAUCUGAAAGAAUUCAGAAACUCAUUGAAUUCCCUUUCUAGUUCUAAAUUAAGGAAAUAAUUGAUUUACAGUAUUAGCUGUAGAUUAUGCUUUAUGCCAAGGCAAUGUGAAGUUUCUGAAGUUUUCUGUGUGCUCUGGGUACCUAAAACUCUCUGCUCUGAUGCUACAGUGAACUCUGUUGUGAAAUUGCUGCCGCUGGUUCCCACCAUUUAAGAAAAUGCUAUUUUAUUUAUUUCUUUUUGCUGACAGGUCUCCUGAGGUUUUAUAGCUGCAUUGACAGGCAGAAAUUCAGCAGCUGCCUAGCUGAGCAGGGGAAAACCUGUAACAGUAGUCCUGUCAGGGGAAAAAGGAGACAAGCCGAUCAAUAGUGAUGUAAUAUGGCGAAGGCUUCUUGCAUUCAAUCUUGUUUAGUGGAUAGUUGAAAGUGCUGCACUGUUGUGCUUAUAUUGUUUUAUCCACUGAUUGUAAAAUGUGUAUGUCUGGACAUGCCUGGCACUAUUUUUCCACCUAUAAUCACUCAUUCAUAGAUUUACUGAGCCAGGAUCCAAUGUGUCUUUUCAGCAAAACCUCACAAAGCUGCUGAAAUUAUUUAUCGUUAGCUGUUAUUUUGUAAUAUCAUAAAUGCACUUAAGCAGAAAAUCAAACCUCAAAGGUACAGUACGAUGAGGAAAAAUGAUUUAAUAUUGCAGUGUUCACUCAUUUUGUACAAGAAUAAUAUUUGUGUACAAGAGAUUAUAUAUACGCACUUCCUUAUCGGUUAAUAUAUUUUAAAACAGAUGUUAAUUCCGCUAUUGUGCAUGAUAUUGUGUAUUGCUAAAGUGUAUGGCAAAACACCAGACUGCAUUAAAACUGAUGCUGUAAGAUUGC